CGCCGCUCCUCGCCAUCUCUAUGGUUCCACCUCUACGCUCCACCGUCCUCCUUUCCCGGCCUACGGUUUCUUGCAACAGCCCUUCUUCUCCCUUCCCAUCCCCAUCUCUAUGACCCGGAAGCGCCGUGCGGGAUAGGCACUCUGGCUCGCACCGCCUCUGUAGCCUAGCGCGCCGCCGGCCUAGGCCGCCGAGGGCUGACGUUGGACAACAAAGAUGGCGGCGGCGGGGGGCAGCAGCAACUACUGGGAGGGUGAGUAGGGCGGGACGGGGGGAGGGGGGGCAGCAGGGGAAGAAGAGUGAGGGGUGGGAGAGGGGGCGGGGGAGCUCAGCCGGGAGGGGGAGGGAGGCGCCGGGUGAGGGGCAGCAAAAUGGAGAGGGGGCCAUUGGGGUUGUCAAGGGAGGGGAGGCGGCGAUUUGGUCCUGGAAGGCCUCAUAUUCUGCGACUGGGGAGGGCGAGAGCUCCCCCCAAGUGUCUAGGGGGGAGGGGGCCAAGCUCAAGAAGGGGAGGGGGCUGAGGCGGGGGAAGGGGGCGCUUUGGUUCUAUUGGGCCUCAUUUCCGGAGGAGGGCUGGGGAAAUGGAGUGGGGGGGCGUGGUGAGGUGUGGGGCCCAACACAGAGCAUCAAGGGCCUUGUUUCCAACCAGGGCCAGCAAAUGGGAGACCCACAAACAAGACAUAAUGGGUCUCUGUCUCUCUCUCUCUCUCUCUCUCUCUCUCACACACACACACACACACAUGAAAAGUGCUCAGUGGUACACUGCUCCUGUGUAAGGAGGUUCUGUUUGCUUGCCACAGCUAAGGGUUAACUGCUGGAAACUGCAGGAGGGGAGAAUUUCUGUGACGCUCGGGUCCUGCUUGGGGGCUUCGUCCGUUGGGUCAUCUGUUCAUUUCACUGAGUCUGCUCUGAAUAGGUUAUGGGGUGUUAGGGGAGGGGGUUGUAUCUCGGGUGGGGGACACGUCAUGCUCAUCCUGGGGUGGUUUGUCCAGCUUUGGUCCCCACCCUGCACUCGGCUCUCACCUGUGGCUCCGGGAAGCUGUCAGCACGCAACAGUGGUCGCACCCCAAGAAUGGCUUUGACUGACUGGCUAAACCAAGGGAGGGUAGCCGAUGGGUCUCUCAGAACCUUGGUGAGUUAGGGACUUCCAUUGCAUGCAAAGACAGGCCCAGCAGGUUGAUUGGAUGAUACCAAUAGUGAAUUCAACGGUCAGGAAGGCAGUUUCUGCACGUGCUGCAGAGGAAAGUGAGGGGCAGAUGGGGCUUUUCAACCUGGGAAGGUAGCCCAUGUAGGAGAAGGAAAACUCUAAUCCUAAGCCUCCGCUGCCUUGUGGGAUAUAUUUGGGAGAAGAAAAGGCUCACGACUAAACCCUACACAAAUCUGGAGUCCUUGAGACAGUUGGAUGGCGCUUUGUAUGCCUCCUUCUGGCAACUUCAGCAGCCAAGCUGGUGCCAAACAUCUUGCUCUGCUUUCCUUUGGACCACAUCAGCAAGGCUGAGAGGGGAUAUUGUUGUCUGGGCAACCCAGCACCUCCAUACACACUGGACUUUGGGGAGGUCACUUCGAUGCAGCGGUCUUCACUUCACUCCAAGAUGGCACUCCAUUGUCUCUUGAGACAGACAAAUGCCAACAACAGCUCUGAAUAAAACUUAGUUGAAUUUAUUUGUGGCGUUUAUAUGGUACUUUCAUGAUACCUUUUGCUUGUUUGUUGCAGUUAUUUGCUUUCUUUUUGUUACAAAAAGUGACUUAAAGCGACUUAUAAAACAGUUCAAAACCAAAGCAAAAUAGAAACCUAAAAACCCAUUCAUAUGUAUAAGAGGUGGAUCUGGUGUAUCCCACCCCCUGAAUAGAGGCCACAAAUAUCUAAAAGCCUCCAAAUUAAGGGUCAAAGACCUUAGUAAAGAUAAAUGCAUUUGCCUGGUGCCUUAAUGUAGCUAGUGAUGGCACCAGUUGUCCUCCUUGGGGAAAGCAGGUAAGGUAAAGGACCCCUGACCAGUUAAACCCAGUCAUAUUCGACUACGUCGUGCAAUGCUCAUCUUCUUUCAGACUGAGGGAGCCGGCGUUUGUCUGCAGGCGUAGACAGCUUUUCCAGGUCAUGUUGCCAGCAUGGCUAAACCGCUUCUGGUGCACAGGACACCGUGAUGAGUGCCAGAAUGCAUGGAAAUGCUGUUUGUCCUCCCACUGCAGCGAUACCUAUUUAUCCACUUGCACUGGUAUGCUUUUGAGCAUUCCAUAAACAGGGAGGCAUCACUGAAAAGGCCCAAGCUCGUGUCCCUGCCCUGCACAGCGUCCUUGGAGGGGGGCACAUGGAGAGAGGCCUUGGAUGCUGAAUGCAGGGAUUGGGUUGGCUCAUGUGGGGGGUAGCAGUCCCUGAGGUAUUCAGGUUCUGAGACACACAGGGCUUUAUAGGUCGAAACCUGAAAGGUGCCUGCAGGGAGGCAAAUGGUUCAAAAGCAUUUACAUGCCCCUGGCACCCUACUUCUCGCUUUCUCCCACCUCCCAGUAAUUGGUGCUAAGAGGGACCCUGCCAUCUGAGUUGCACUGAUAGACACUAUCUUUUUAUGGCUUAGUGGAUUAGACUGAAGGUUAUCUGAAAUAUCUUGUUUUCCUGUGGAUUUUGAAGCCAGUUUUAUUUUAAACGUGGAGCUUUUAUGCACUGUUUUCCUUCAUGAGAGUACAUUUGUUUCCAGGAGGUUCAUAAGCAGGCACUCCUCUUUGGGGUUCUGCCCCUAGCAACUGCCACCCGAGGGAUAGCUCAGUGAGUAGAUCACAAGAUCCUUAAUCUCAGGGUUGUGGGUUCAAGCCCCAUGUUAGGCAAAGGUUGAACUAGACGAUCCUCGUUGUCCCUUCCAACGCUAUGAUUCUGUGACCCCAGUUUUUAUUUACUUAUUAUAAUGCUGCAUAGCCUGUUUUUCUCAAAAAUAAAAUAAAAAGGGCCAUAACUGCACGGCAGAAACCCUCAGUUUCAAUUCCCAGCAUCUCCACCUAGGUCUGGGAAUUGCCUCCUGCCUGAAACCGCAGAGAGCUAACUGUCAGUUAGUGUAGGCCGGGCUGAAGCUAGAGGGACCUAUGGUGUGACUCAGUGUACAGCAGCUUCCCAUGUUCAGCAUCUGGAGAGCAACAGGUUUCCCACCUCACUAGGGUGAUGCAGUGAGAGAGCCAGUGGGGUGUCACAGAGUACUCAAGAGUACAGGGUUCGAAUCGUCACUCGGUCAUGGAGUUCCCUAGGCGACCUUGGGCCGGUCAGUGCCUCUCAGCCUAACUGACCUCACAUGGUUGCUGUGGAAAUUAAAUGAGCAGCAGGAAAAUCAUUUAUGCUACCUUGAGCACCCUGGAAAAAAUAUGGGAUCUAAAUGCAAUCAUUUAAUCAGUAGUAGAAGCACACAUUUUCUGUUCUCUUCAGCCUGUACACUGUUAACAUUUCCAAAGCAGAAUGCUUUCCAUUUUGCUGAUCCAUGACAGAUCAUAUUAGAAACAUUGCAUCUCAUUACACUGUUGAAAUUCAUAUCCAUUUUCGGAAACAGAGCUGAAUGAAGCCCCUUCCUUUUUGCCCUUGAGGGCUUAGGAGAGCAGCAAAGGGUGUGUGUAGGUCUGUAGGGGUGUGGAUGUGUGUGUAGGGGUGUGUGGGGGCAGGAAAGGCUCACUCCCCCCCUUUCUCCUGUUGGUGCAGAUCUGAGGAAGCAAGCCCGGCAGCUGGAGAAUGAGCUGGACCUCAAGCUGGUCUCCUUCAGCAAGCUCUGCACCAGCUACAGCCACAGCAGCUCCCGAGAGGGAAGGCGCGACAGGUAUAGGUACUACUGUCCUACUUUUCUUUUGUUUUUGACAUUUUUACCAUUUCAAAAUAGUUUUUGUUUUAGACCUGUCUUUUCUCUAUUCUUUUUGAGCUUCACUACUCAAGACUCCUGCCUUGUGGCUUACCUGACACAGUUUAGGGGUUGUGGUUGUGCCCCACCCACAAUUCCUAAUUGCUUUUACACUACCUAAUGAGGCUGCUUCUAGGGAGAGGCUUUGAGGGGCCAGGCAAAGAGGGACGUUCUGCUUCCGGGUUCUUCCCACUGCUUCUCCUAGCUGCUGCUGGCCUGUCCUGAAACCAUAGCAUCUGGGGUAGCUCAUCAGAGCUGUACUUUCCAGAAUAGAUGUCAGGAGCCAGAGUCAAGAGCAAUAAAACACCUGGUGUCAGUGAAGCUGACUCUUUAUUCAAAGAAACCAAAACGGUGCAGGCCUAGUGGUCCCAGCAACUCUUCCCAGUAGGUCUUACCCCACUGCUCCCUAAGACUCCUUCCCCUGCAACCUAAAGCUCCUUCGUCUUGUCUCUCUUUGCUGUGCUCUCUUAAUUCCCCUGUGUGUUCUGGAAGACCAGCAGGGAGGGGAACUGGUCACAGCAGUAGGGAGAGACUCCCUGGCUGCUUCAACAGCCCUCCUCCACUCCUCUCCAGCUUCCCCUUCUGCCUCUGAUUCUGCACUCUUCUGCCCCAGCCUCUUCCUGCUCAUUAAACCCUGUUACCUAUUCAGCUUCUGUCACCUCCUCCUCCCAUUCUGCUCCUUCUCCCUCUGACCACUCACUGUCCUCCCACCACCAACCCCAGGGCUCUGAGCCUUGUUCCUUUGAGGGUUCCCCGGCUGGUGCCUCCCAGCACUACUCUGCAUCCAGUCAGUCCAUGAUAGCAGGAAGCCACAGUUCAGCAUCGUGGCAGUUUAAAGGAACAAGCUGAAGAGCCUGGCAACAGCGCUUUUCCUCCUGUGCCUUUAAGGCCCAGGAGAGCACAUGUGCAACUGUUUUUCCUCCCUCUCUGCAGGUGAGAACCACAGAGGCUGGCAUCAGCACCUGGGAUUCUUGGGCAUUUGCCUGUGUCCCAUUGGUUUCCCCAGCGUUAACAGGGCCUUCUGGGUUGCAGGGUCGCCCGUGACAUUUUGUGACAAUUAGGUGCACCUUUUUACUCUGCCAUAAUAUUUACAGAGGGGUGUCUGUCUGUCUUUCUCAUCACUCAGCUCCGACACAACCCCUCUUCUGAAUGGAUCAAGCCAAGACCGAAUGUUCGAAACGAUGGCUGUGGAAAUCGAGCAGCUCUUGGGGAAGGUGAGUGGGAUUUCAGCCAGUUAAAUUCCCAGGCCUCUGUUGUGACCUUCAAGGUUUUUGACACAAGUUGCUGCUGGAGCAGCUUAAAAAACAAUGGUGCAGAAAGUGGUGGCUCUGUUUCCUUAAAGUGUGUUUUCUCCCAUGAGCAAAAAAGUCAUCUCCUGCCUGGAAUGGUUGCCUUUUCUGCUUCAAUUCCCUUAUCCACCCCCCUUUUUUCUAAGUUGUACUCUACUGCUGUGAUGCAGACAUUAGGGAAUUUCUUAACUGCUAAGAAAUUAGUGAUAAAAUUAGGACUGAAGUCAGAUGCAGAUUGAUGGUCCAGGGGCCCAGCCAGUUCUCUCCUCAUUCCAUGAGCAUCUUCUGGAAUGACCUGAUUAUAUAUAAGUAUUUAUCUACAGCUAGGUGACUGUAAAUCAUCAGAAAUCCCAGAAGCCUAAUUUCAUUGGCGGUAAGAAAAGUCCCUUUUAAAGUUGUUGUUGCUGCUGUUAAACAGUCAGGAGCCAGAAACCCUUGCCAACCUAUUGCAAGUCACACAUGUUAUAUAUUUUCCUUUAUAUACCAUCUUGGAGAGCAAUACUUGGGACAAUUUUAGGUAUUUUAUGUUAGUUUUAUGCCUUUUAUUCAUUUAGGUUUUACAUAAGACACAAAACAAAGAAAAUCACUGUUAGUGAAUGAUAAUAAAAUUAUCUCAUUGUUAAUAACAGGAACCCUCAAUGCGUAUCAAAUUGCAGUUUUACAUAAUUUAAUUUAGAUUUCUGCAAACUCAUUUUAUUUCAUCUCCUUUUCAUUUAAUCUUUGUUAAGAGAGGAAGCUUCCUCUCCCUUUUUAAAGAGGCAUGUUGUGAUCUGCCAGGGUAAUGUAGCAUUUUAAGGGUUUUUUAUGUUGUAUUGUAUCUGAGUAAACGUCCCUUGACGGUGUCUUGUGUUAGUUUCGUACUGUUAAACGUUUUUUUGGUUUGGGAUAGUCUGGUGAAGGCAAACAAACGAAGGAAUCUACUACUACUGCACAUCCAUCUAGAGAUGUUCCAGUAGAUCCCAACAUGCCUUCCACCCACCCCAGUUUAAACCACCCAGAGGGUCUUGGAAUGGCCUCUUUUCCUCCACCAGAACUGUCUGGUUGCUUUUCAGUCAUGGGUUUUGCUUUUAACAAGCUCAAUCCAAAAGGGGAGGCCUGAAAAAUGCCAGCGUAUUUCACCCACACAAGAGUUUGCAGUGCAAGGCUGGGUAACAAUACCUUUUUUAAAUUCUAAACACUGAUCACUUUGUCUGAUUUCACACUGUCAUUUUUGAAGCACUUUGACAUUGUUGUUGCUUAUUUUACCGCUGAUAGUUUCUUACCAUAGCCCUCAGAUAUGUAUUCUAAAGAGUAGUAUAGAAAUCCUCAAAAGACGGUGGUCUGAGUUGUUUGUGCACAAAUUGCAUCAAACUGUACCGACUCCACCAUUGGAGCGGUAUAUCUCUGUAUGCCUCCCAGUUCCUGGGAACUGCAGAUGGGGAUAAUGGUGCUGUUGUGCCCAGGUCUUACUUUGGGCUUCUCACUGGGGCAUCUGGUUGGCCACUGCAAGGAGAGGGUGCUGGAUUGGCCUGAUUCAUCAAGGCUCUUAUAAUGUUCUGAAGUCCCAGAACAGCAUUGGGCCAUAACAGUGAUUAUGGAACUGUUGAGCAUUUGUUUUGGAAAGCCUGUAUGUUUGUUUCAGAAUGCCUCCUACCAGGAUUUCUGCCAGCUUUUCUCUUCGUUAAAACAGCUGCUAUGUGCUCCAAAAAGCAGUGGUUUCCCUUUCCCUUUCCAAAUGCAUGUUCUUAACUUUCCUGUGAAGAACCUGUGUCCUGUCCAACCUGUGUGCUCCCUUUUCCCCCUCUCAUAGCUCACGGGGAUAAAUGACAAAAUGGCCGAGUACACCAACAGCGCCGGAGUCCCAUCCCUCAACGCGGCUCUGAUGCACACCUUGCAGCGGCACAGAGACAUCUUGCAGGUAGGAAGAAGCUCUGGGGGUGACGCUCUGGUGUUUGCCAGACUCGGUGGCUCUUUCAGCCUGCUUAGGGAAGUUUUUAGUGACUGGUGUUUUAAUGUAUUUUUAAUCUUUUGCUGGAAGCCGCCCAGAGUGGCUGGGGAAAUCCAGCCAGAUGGGCGGGGUAGAAAUAAAUUAUUAUAGUGCAGGGGGAACUAUAGUUCCCAGAAUUCUUGGACGGGAGAGGAAUGUUCUUUAAAGGUAGAGCGUUACAGCUGAACCAGGAAUCUUGUUCUGUUUCACUUCGAACAAACCUUGACCUUUCAACCAACACCAAACAUUGACUAUGGAUUUGCUUUGCAUUCAUCAGUUAGUUUUAUCAUUUAUACGUGCUCUUUCCCUGUAAGGUAGGGUGUUACAACUGCAGAAGUAAAUACACAGCAGUCAAGUAUUUUUAAAAAACAUGUUUUGUAAAGCCUGCAGGUUGUAUCCAGUGAGGUGGUAAGUUAAAGAACGCACAAGCUGGAAACCUUGCUGUGAAGUAAGUUGCACAAUCUAUCGUGCAAUGAGUUUCUGCUGGCAGAACUGUUUCAUUGCCUUCCUCCAUUGCACAACGUUAAAACUCAUCUGUCCUCUAUCACAAGAGCCUUUGCACUAGCGGACAGAGAACGUUGGAUACAGUCCUGUAUGUCUUAAGAGUAGCCAGUGGUCAGGGAUGAUGAUCAGUUCCCUGUUUCUUAUACAUGGAGAGGCAGUCUCUCGGAUAAGUGGGUCCCAAGCCUCAUAGGGCUUUUAUACAUCAAAACCAAGACCUUGAAUUGGGUAGCUAAUUGGCUUCGGGUGCAAAUGCUUCAGAAGCAGUGUUUCCAUGGUCCCUAGGUGAGAAGCCUAAUGGAAUUCUCACAGCUGCAUCUUGCAUUAGCUGCAGCUUCCAAGCUGUCUUCAAGGGCAGCAUAGGCUGCCUUGCAGGAGUCCAGGUGGGACAUUAUUGGAGCAUGAAGUGCAGUGGGCAAGCUGGACCUGUCUGGGAACAAACCAGCAGCAGCCAGAAAUAGGUGCUCCAUGCCCUAGAGAACGCUUGGACAUUCACCAACACCAUGGGGACUAGGCACACCUCAAGACUAUAGAGCUGGUCUUCCAGAGCGAGUGUCUCUCCUUGUAUAGUUUUGCUUGUUCUUUGAGCUAGUUGGGAGGAGCGAAUUGGUCAAGAUUGGUGCAUUCGCAGUACACAGUUAGCUACUGUUUACUGUUGUGUGUGAACAAGGCCACCGUGUCAUGUAUGAAGUUCCGAACAUCUGCUAGAAAAUAAAUGUGACUCUGAUCCUGUUCUUAAAUGGGUUGCAGCCGCAACUGUUAGGCUAGAGUAGGCAUCUACUCUAGAGUCCUUGGUAGACCUGUUUCUGUGUGAGCCUUAGUUUUACACUUGGUACAUACAUACUAUAGGACAGUCGUCCCCAAGCUGGCACCCUUCAGGUGCUAUUGGACUCCAGCCCUCUUCAUCCCUGAACACCGUUUGCAGGGCCUGCUGGGAGUUGUAGUUCAGAACAUGAGGAGGAGGUCAGUGGGUUGGGAAAGGCUCUUGGAAGAUUUGUAACGUUUUGAGCUUCAUCCUUAGAGGAAGAACCGCACUUCUCAAAGUCUAACAUGCUUGAAAUCUUUUGCUCUUGUUACAGGACUACACACACGAAUUCCACAAAACCAAAACCAACUUCCUGGCAGUGCGGGAAAGAGAGAAUCUCAUGGGUUCGGUGCGGAAGGAUAUUGAGUAAGUUAGCGCUCUCUGCAGUCGUUAGGGAGUGUGGCCUUCACCCGAGUUCCACCAGGGCAGAAAGGCAUUCUUGGUGACCCAGAGCCCAAGGGUAGAGAAUGCUUUUCAGCCUGAGGGCCACAUUGCCUUUUGGGCAGCCUCUUGAUGACCACAGGCCACUGGUGGACAGAGCCAAAGGAGAAAGCGAGUUGGGCAGUGAAGGUUUGUUUCUACACACACCCCUCUCCAAGUCAGAGAGAGGCAUGAUCAGAGUUCAAGAACACAGUCCCAGCCGGGCAAAAACACUUGAGGAGGAUGCAAAUCAGGGCCAGCGAGGGCAAGGCCUAGGGGGAGUCACAAGGGCCUGAUAGAGAAGCCUGGGGGGCCACUGGACUCCCAACUCCCAUCACAGCCAGCCAGCUUGGCCCAAUGAUCAAGGACAAUGGGAGUUGUAGUCUAGCAACAUCUGGGGUGGCAAGAUUGAAGAGGUCUGGUGUUAUGGAGUUAGCUUUCAAAGGCAAGGCAGAUCUCUGCUCUUUGUAAGAGACGCCAAAGAGGAGCAGGGGGAGAGACGCAGCAAAAUUUUCUGUUCCAAUAAAACCUAGGCUGACAGAGCAUGGAAAAGAUAGUUUGCCUCAUUCCCAGGAAAAAUAUGCCCUGGGAAUUUCUCUUUUGCUUCCCCAAAGCUGUGCAGGAUUUGCCAACAGGGAGAAUCGGAUCUUUGCUUCAUGCAAGGAGCCACUCCCUGCUCGUGUUUUCCCUCCCGCAAAUAUUUACUUUCCUGGAGGCCACUGCUGUUUUGAACUGAGCUCAGCCUGUGGCUUCCUUCUGUCUGCUAAGAACCGCAGAAUAGCCCCCCCCCCCCGAACAGCAAAAGAAGCACUAUGUUGCUGCGAUUGGCAACUGGCUUUUUCACAGGGGCUACAAUUUGAAUUGCCCAAAUGGUGGAAGGAGCAGCAAGGCUGACGCUGCCUGUUGAUUCACUCCCAGGAAACUUGGUGGCACAGCCAACAUUCUCUUCUGCUGGGGCUUGGGGCCUGCAGACACUGUUAGAAACUGAGAUAUCUAAAGAUAAAGGUAAAGGGACCCCUGACCAUUAGUUCCUGUCAUGAAUGUCUCUGGGGUUGCCGUGCUCAUCUCGCUUUACUGGCCGAGGGAGCCGGUGCACAGCUUCCGGAUCAUGUGGCCAGCAGGACUAAGCCACUUCUGGCGAACCAGAGCAGCGCACGGAAACGCUGUUUACCUUCCCACAGGAGUGGUACCUAUUUAUCUGCUUGCACUUUGACGUGCUUUCGAACUGCUAGGUUGGCAGGAGCAGGGACCAAGCAACGGGAGCUCACCCCAUCAUGGGGAUUUGAACUGGGCCAAAACAAACAAGAUGAACUUUAACAGGGAGAAAUGUAAAGUAUUGCACUUGGGCAAAAAAAAUGAGAGGCACAAAUACAAGAUGGGUGACACCUGGCUUGAGAGCAGUACAUGUGAAAAGGAUCUAGGAGUCUUGGUUGACCACAAACUUGACAUGAGCCAACAGUGUGACGCGGCAGCUGAAAAAGCCAAUGCAAUUCUGGACUGCAUCAAUAGGAGUAUAGCAUCUAGAUCAAGGGACGUAAUAGUGCCACUGUAUUCUGCUCUGGUCAGACCUCACCUGGAGUACUGUGUCCAGUUCUGGGCACCACAGUUCAAGAAGGACACUGACAAACUGGAACGUGUCCAGAGGAGGGCAACCAAAAUGGUCAAAGGCCUGGAAACGAUGCCUUAUGAGGAACGGCUAAGGGAGCUGGGCAUGUUUAGCCUGGAGAAGAGGAGGUUAAGGGAUGAUAGGAUAGCCAUGUUCAAAUAUAUAAAAGGAUGUCACAUAGAGGAGGGAGAAAGGUUGUUUUCUGCUGCUCCAGAGAAGCGGACACGGAGCAAUGGAUCCAAACUACAAGAAAGAAGAUUCCACCUAAACAUUAGGAAGAACUUCCUGACAGUAAGAGCUGUUCGACAGUGGAAUUUGCUGCCAAGGAGUGUGGUGGAGUCUCCUUCUUUGGAGGUCUUUAAACAGAGGCUUAACAACCAUAUGUCAGGAGUGCUCUGAUGGUGUUUCCUGCUUGGCAGGGGGUUGGACUCGAUGGCCCUUGUGGUCUCUUCCAACUCUGUGGUGCUAUGAACUGCCGACCUUCUGAUCGGCAAGUCCUAUGCUCUGUGGUUUAACCCACAUCACUACCCACGUCCCUGAGAUAUAUAAAGUAGGCACUAAGUGUCUCCUUGAACCAAGAUUACAGCCACCAAAACAGAAUGCCUACUUGCCAUUUUGUGGCGAGGCGGUUCUGAAGUCCUAUUUUUCAAAUGAUGGACUGACUGUGAUUGAUUACCACUUAAACUAGUUCAGACUAGUUCAGAUGACAACCUUGAGAUAGAUUAAGAGCUUUGAGAACUUAAAGAAGAGAAGUCCCUUGAUCCAGGGACAGUCCACAUUUAUACUGGCCUAUUCCAACCUCUUUUUCUUAAUGGUGACAUGGACCAUUCAUAACGUAGGAAUAUUCUUCUGUGAUCUGGGCAGUGGGGCGGGGUAAGUGAAGACAAGCUGCAACAAUUAACUAUAACAUGGUUCACUGCUCCUGCAAUCUCAUUUUGGGGGGACUUUCUACCUUUAUCUUCCAGGUCCUACAAAAGCGGGUGUGGCGUCAACAACAGAAGGACAGAGCUUUUCUUAAAGGAACACGAGCACCUUCGGAAGUAAGUCUGUGCCUUGUAUCGGAUUAUUCCUCAAAGAGAACCACUUGCCAGAGAGAUACCUCCUCUCAUAAUCCACUGUUUCCUACAUCCAGGGGACGUUUCCAGCGGCGGUGGCCGUGUUAGACUCUUGCAGCCAGAAAAGCCAAGGAGCCUUGUGCCACCUUAAAGCAGUGGUGGGCACUGCCCAUUGGGCCUGGUUAGGCAAAAAGCAGGGAGCCCAACAGCAGGUGGCGCCAGAGCCAAUGACAGCCAGAGAAAACUAAUUCUGUACCUGUCCUCCAUCCUGCUGAUUUCUACGAGGGACAACACUGAGACUAAAGAGGAGGAGGAAGAUGGCAGGCAGGGCAACCUCCUGGAUUGGUUAUGAGUAGAAAGGCAGGCAGGUGAGGGGCUGGCUGAGAGCAGGCGCUGGUUGGUGGGGCACAGUCUCAUUCAUCCAAAUGGACAAUGUGACCCUGCUGGCUGGGGUUGAUGGGAGCUAUAGUACAAAACAGCUUGAGGGCCACCGGUUGGCAAAGGCACCCUUGCUCAAAUGUCAUUUUUUUACAGCGGUACUUAGCAAUGUACAGCUCAGUUGCCUACACAGACUUCCCUUACAUUAUUUAGAGUGUUAGGGGGAAAAGCAAAUCAGUGAAAACGCUUUUUAAAAAAACAACGUACUGAUUUCACUGUGCCUUUGAAGAGCUGCACACACAAAUAAUGUGCUUCCCAGGGAUAAUGAUAUUAUUAUUAUUAUUAUUGUUAUUAUUAUUAUUUCACUUUUAGAUUUUAGGCAUGUUUCUGUCCCUUCCCGUUGCACAGCUUCACUUCCAGUGUGCGCCUUCCUUAGGCUUCUGAUUAAUUUUAUGAAACUGCAUUCCUAAAAAAAAUCUGCAGGGAAAUGUGAUAGCAGCAGGAUGCUUUCUGCAAAAGCCAUAGCAGCAUGUGGGCUCCAGGGGGCGCUCUUCCCCUCGAGAAGAGCCGUUCUCCAAUAUCUGCUCCUGGUGAAGGCAGUUUUGUUAUUUUCUGUAAUCAAAGGUGCAUGAAAACCUCUUACAGGAAAUGGCUUUUAAAAUUUUUGCUUGGUUGUGAUAGGCCAAGGAAUCUGAUAAACCGUGUCUGUGCAUCCCUCAAUUUCCCCAUGGGGCUCUCACUGGCAUUUGCAAAGUUUGGAAGGGCUGAGGGAGGGGCAUCCAUUGAUUUUCACUUGCUGGAUGUCUAUUGCGAACGGAUAAUGGGCAAAUGUUAUUAGUUAGGAGUGUCCUGAAGCUUUGAGCACCUUCUGGCUUUGAAACGUCGGUGGAGGAAGGGAGCGUGCAGUGUGGUGUAGUGGGUGGAGCAGGAAUAGGGGACCUGCGGGCUAUUUGGUGGCUGGUGUUCCUUGGGACUGGUGGGAUGUAGGGCAGCAGUAGGCUGAACAGUGGGAAGCAGCAUCGUCCUUGCGAUCAGUACUUUGCAAAGUUAAAGCCAAUUCUGCCCUAAGAGAAACCAGAUUCUGUGACUUGCAUAAAUCAUUCUGCAUGCUCUGUUUCCUGGGGAGGAGAGCCAUGAGCUGCUUAAUAGGGCUCCGAGGCACCCCCACCCACCCCACACCCCAUAAUAGGAGUCCUACUCUGUUACCUCUCUGACUACUGAGAUUUCAGCAGAUAGGCCAUGUGCCUUAUAAGGACUAGAAACUUCAUAUUUAAAGGCCAAAGUUCUCAGCAAGCGAAAUUCUGCACCUGAUACUACAUUCUGCAGCCUGUGGAUUUUUACUUCCGUUGUUUUUGAGGAACUUCGGCACAAAUCCCAUUGUGACAAACAAGGAGCAACUCCCAUUUAUCAUGGUUUAUGACAAUUUCUGUGCCAGAUUGAUUCCUGGUGCAUUGUGGCCCCUCAUGCAUAAUUUGCAGGUAUCGCAAAUUUGCAGGUACAGCACCUGUCAGGCAAGUCCCCAAGGACCCAUUUAUCUUGAAUAGUCUUAAUAAGAAAGCGCAAGACUUUAAAUGUGUGUGUGUGUGUGUGUGUGUGUGUGUGUAGUUUGAUGGAUAUGCCACAAAUCUUGACGACUAAAAAAAGACAUCUAUUCAUCACAUCUUUUCUAAUAUGGUUUUUGACCGAAAGCUAAUUGAGUUGGCUGCUGAGGCUGAUAAAACACUUUCUCAAUCCAUCUCGUGGAAGACAACCUCCCUUUCCCUUUCCAGGUUGAUAGAGGACAGGUAGAUUCCCUUCCUCCCUUGGGUUUUAGGAAGUCAUCCAUCAGUUUCUGGCCAGAUGAGAGGAGCAGACCCUCCCCUCCGCUAGAAGUCUAAGAAUAUGAAAUGAUAAGAACUCUGCUGGAUCAGGCCAAAGGGGGGGGGGCAUCUUAGUCCAGUAUCCUGUUUUCACAGUGGCCAACCAGGUGUUGUCUAUUGUGUGAAACCCACAAGCAGGAUUCCAGCACAAGAGCCCUCUCCCCUCCUGCUGUUUCCAGCAACUGGUAUUUGUAAGCAUCGCUGUCUCCAAAUGUGGAGGCAGAGCGGGAGCCAUCCUGGCUGGCAGCCAUCAAAAGCCCUCACUGAGUUUGUCUAAUCCUCUUUGCAAGCCAUCCAAGUUAGUCUCCAUCACAGCCUCCUGCAGGAGCGAAUUCCAUAGGUUAACGAUGCCUUGUGUGAAGAAGAUGGACUUUCUUUUAUCUGUUCUGAGUCUUCCAACAUUCACACCCCAGUUUCAGCGUUAUGAGAAAAGGAGGAAACUCUUCUCUGUCCAGACUCUCUUUAACUUCUCAUGUGACCAGCUUGAAUACUUUCACUUGACCCGGGGAUCCAGGCACUGCCCUCUUUCCUCGCGGCCCAGCCCCACCUCCUUCCUCUGCUUAAUUGCCGCGGACGUUUGCGGCACUCUGGGUGGGUGGCUUGUCAGAAUCGAUGCAGCUCUGGCUCUGCUGCUACGGGACUGGAGGGCUUUUCUGGCCGGAAAGCCUUGCGCUCCUAAUGCAAUUUCCUUUUGAGAGUGGGGCUCUCUAGCCCGGAGCAGAGAGAGAGAGAGGCAGCAGCUGUAGUGCGGCAGCUUUAAUGGUGGGGAUUUGCAACCUUGCAUCAUCCCAAGAGUAUUUUGCCUGUAGCUCGGUGGGCAUUUUGCCUAUUUUAUUAUUAUCAUUUACAAAAAUGUAAUAUCCAAGGCUUUGAGGCUAGAGUGCUUGCAUUCUUUGAAACCAUAUAGAAGAUACCUUGUGGUUACUGAUUCCUCAGCUGUAGUUCCCCCUACCUACCCUGAUUGCCAGCUGGAUGGUACCCUUCCAAGGUCCGGCCUUCUUUCAUUUUCCCCAUGGGAUGUUUUCAGGCAGUGCAUUUUCCAUCCUGCUCCAUCUCACGGAAGGGCUAAGGGGCCCUUCAGCAGCGUUCGAUUUAGACAGGCCAGGUGGAGGAAUCGGAAAACCCCACCAACGCCUGUGCAAGCCUUGAUGUAUGUCGACGGAUUCUCUGCUCGGGAAUUAGCUCUGUUGUUUCAGCCUUUGCAAAGGAGACCGCAGCUGCUGGGCAGCUUCCACUCAGGAGCUUACCUUACCGGUAGCCACAGAUUAAUGGGCUCGUUUCCAAACACACAGGGUUGUUUUGCAACUGUUCUUGAAGCCCCUAAAUAUCCAUUUCCAUUUAUUAGACUGAUUCGUCGCUUGUCACCCAAAUGUCUCCGAGCAUCUUACAACAAAAGAAAGAUAUACAAUACAUAGUACCAUGGGGGGAAAGUUGGGGGGGAAUCAUGUAAUACAUUAAUAUUUCAUAUAACAUGACAUCUAUUUUUAAAAAAACAGUGAAAUAAUAAACAAAGCAAUACAGUCAUACCUCGGGAUAAAUAUGCUUCAGGAUAAGUAUUUUCGGGUUGCGCUCCGUGGCGACCCGGAAGUAACGGAGCACAUUACUUCCGGGUUUCGCCGCUCACGCAUGCGCAGAUGGUCAAAAUGACGUCAUGCGCAGAAGCGGCGAAACGUGACCCGCGCAUGUGCAGACACGCAGUCACGUCUUACGUUCUAAUCAGGAUGCGAACGGGGCUCCGGAACGGAUCCCAUUCGCAUCCUGAGGUACCACUGUACUCAGAUCCACUAAUUAACAAAUAAACAAAACCUCAACCUCCCCCUAGACCCAAAAUCAUUCACACUGAACCAGCAAUUUCCCCCCUUUAACCUCCCCACCCCACCCAGGAGUCUGGGGUCAAGGCCAGCUAUUAUAAAUCCGUGUCCUCCAGGGAUGGGUCCUGCAGGAGGGAGUAGUAGCAAAGCGGGAAGAUGGUAACCAAAGAUUUAGCUGCUGAUGGGGGUGCAGAUGUCAAGGGUGCAGAUGUUCCAAACCAGGGGUGGGUGGGUGGGAGCAGGGUCCUCAGGGGAUGUAUACAGGCAACUCCCGUUUUGCAUGCGCAACCACUGAGGCAAAUGCCAUUUUCGGCCCCAGAAGAAGGUUGGGCAGAUCAUCUGCUUUGCAUGCAGAAGGUCCCAGGUUCAAUCCCAGCAUGCCCAGGUAAGGCUAGGAGAGAGACUCCUGCUUUAAUCCCUGAAGAGCCGCUGCCGGUCAGUGUAGUCCUUGCUGAGCUAGAUGGGCCAACGGACCGACUUCGUUUCAGGCAGCUUCCAAUGUUCCUAUUUAAAUUCGCCUUUAGUUCAAACCCAUGAGGACUGGGGUCUUGCUCUGUGUUAUGGGAAGGAUCAAAUCUUAGUUGGCAGAGCAUCUGCUUUGCAUGCAGAAAGUCCCGGGUUCAGUCCCCAGGGGCAUCUCCAGUAGGGCUGGGGAAAAGGCUCCUGCCUGAAUCCCAGGAGAGCUGCUGCCGGUCAGUGUUGACAGUAUUGAGUAGAGGGACCAGUGGCUUGACAUGCUGCCUUGGGCUGGCGGGAGCCAUAGUCCAGAACAUCUGGACGGCACCCAGUAAAGUAAGGCCACGUUAGAGCCUUAAGCAUUACACCUGGCACUCCAGACUGCUCUCUGAAACAAAUGGGUCACCAGUGAAGGUGUUGUAAACCCCAGAAAUUGUGGAGUUGGAAGGGACCCCCGGGGGUCAUCCAGUCCAACCCCCUGCAGUGCAGGAAUCUAGCAGAGCAUCCCUGACAGAUGACCGUCCAACCCCUGUUUGGAAACCUCUGCUGAAGGAGAGUCCAUCCAUCCCCUUUUGAGGCAGCCCGUUCCGCAGUUGAGUUGGAAUCCGAAUGUUUGUUUGCAUUAGGGAUGCCCAGGCAGAGAUGCUCCUCUGCCCAUCCUGCGUAUGAGUAAUAAGUGAAGCAGCCUGCUGGGUUUCCUUGAUGACCAGCUCUGCAAAGCACCUCUCCCUUUCCCUGCCCCACUUUCCCCGGCUAAUACCCUUUUAGGCGAGCAGAGUAAAUAAUUCAUCCAUUUGUGUGGUUCUCCUUUCUCCCCCCACGGCCUUCCCUCCUGUAGCGGGCAAGGCUUUCCAUCAAAUGGAGGCACAGGGCUGGGUGAUGAAUGGACAGGCUUCAGCUGCUCAUCCUGCAAAGUGCUGGGCUAAGAGGAAAUGAGUUUGUCAGCUCAGCACUCACUUCUGUGUGUGUGUGUGUGUGUGUGUUUGGAGAGUGUAGCCCUGAGAGCUUCUGAAGCUUAAUGGCUGGGGGUGGGGGGAGGAGUAAUUUCCUAAAUCAGCACUGAAGGAAUUCAUUUGUAUGUGUAAAGUGUUUUGUUUUUUUCUGGGGGGCAGUAUAGAAUACCAAGGAUGGUUAAAGCCUGCCUUCUGUCCAUGAAGACCCUCUGAAGGGUGGAAGCUCUUGGUGUCAGGCCUUGCUAUGUGGCCUUCCCUGAAUUCCUGUAGUUCUGCUCACCCCACCUGGAAAAGAUUCAGAAAAGGGCAGCCCAAUAUGUUCAGGGGGGCAAGGAGCAACUCCCCUAUGAAAGAAGCCAACUUGGAUGGCUCUAAAAGAGGAUUGGACUUAUACAUGGAGGGUAAGGUAAAGGUAAAGGGACCCCUGACCAUUAGGUCCAGUCAUGACCAACUCUGAGGUUGCGCGCUCAUCUCGCUCUAUAUGCUGGGGGAGCCGGCGUUUGUUCGCAGACAGCUUCCGGGUCAUGUGGCCAGCAUGACUAAGCUGCUUCUGGCGAACCAGAACAUGGAGGGUAAAUAACAACUAUUAUUAUUAUUACUAUUAUUAUUACUAUUUAUUUUACUUUUUAUAUGCCACCCAUAAGACUGGGUUGCCUCAGCCACUGUGGGUGGCUCCCAGCAAAAUAUGAAAAGCACAGUAAAACAUCAAACAUUUAAAACAUUUUCAUAGCUAUCUGGCGGGCCGCUGUGGAAACAAAAUGUUGGACUAGACGGGCCAUUGGCCUGAUCUUCUUAUCUUUUUAUCUUGCAACAUUUGGGCAUUGGUGUCUCUUAGAGUAAAGGCGAGUCAAGGGAGGGCAUUCUACAAACAGGGAGCCACCACUGAAAAGGCCCUGUCACAGGUCAAUGGCCGUCAAGCAGAGCAUGGCUUAGAAGCAUGGCCCACCACUGGAAGCAGGCAGCUGGUCUGGGGAGGCUGGCCCAGUAAGGCAGCAGAGGCAAGCAGUGGGAUAACCUGGGACCUGGUUCUCCACAAGCAGCACAGGGGCCCCAUCAGGUCUGCAGGUCAUUGAGGGCUUAUUCCAGGGUUUAGCUUUCCUAGGCAGUGGCCAUGUGGAAUAUGCAUUGGUAUAGUGAGGGGUUUUUAGCCAUCCAUGCCCAUUGCGUACAGGAACCAGCAGGAAGCGACGUCUACUGAUUCUUCUCCUCUCCACCACUGUUGUGAAGGGUAGCAGACUGGUGAAAUAUGAGGAGAAAGUCCAGGGUGAGCCCCCUUGGUGGGGUGGGGGCCCCUGGCAGAUGCCCUGCCAUAUUGACCGGUGGGGCCACCCCCCACUCCCCGUCUCCCCCCUCAGAGUUCCCAUUUAUGGAAACAAUGGCUGUGAUGGAGGAGCACAGUUACAUAACGGAGCCAGGCAGGUCCUUGAACAGCUUAAUUAGGGUUUUUCUGCGUGCCUGUGAGUGCGUGCGCUCGAUGCUCCAAGGGGCAGAGGAGCUCUCCUGGGCUUCCUUAUUAUUACCAUUACUAUUGUUGUUGGUAUUUAUAAAUAACCAGCAUGAAAGGCAGAUGCGGUAGAGAGAGUGGGCUUGCUUGAGCAUCAUUAGUACAGAUAACAGCCGGUCUUUUAUGUCUGUACGUGCAUUUCUUUCAUCUGUUUUCCCUGGCAAGGGAUUUACCCAAUAUAUAUAUAUAUACAUGAAAAUCAGAGCACAAGAGCUAGCACAGCAGUUUUACAUAUAUAUAUAGAGAGAGAGCGCGCAUGCUCUCAUGCACGCACAGUAACUCGUGCAGCAGUUUUCUCUUUAUAUAUACUGGCAACUCCCCGUUUGCAUAUGGAUUGCGUUCCUGGUCAUUGCAAAUGUCAGCCCAUUCCGCCACCUUCCAAGUGGUGUGCAUGUCAGCUGUCACACAUUAAUUGGACACAUGCAGAAUGGUCUCUGCUUGUAUAUCAGAACACAAGAACUCGUGCAGCAGUUUUCUGUGUAUAUACUAGAACACAAGAACUCAUAGAACUGUUUUCUCCCCCCCCCCCCAUAUAUAUAUCAGAGCACAAUAACUUAAACAGCAAUUUUCAGCAAUUGAGACCUGAGGUUCCACCUUUAGCCCAAAAAGCAUUUUGGGGACCCACUUUUUUUGUUAAUUGUUUAUUUGUACAGUGAUUGUGCUGUGGCUUUGACCCACUGCAACCCAGUAGUUCUGGAGUUGAGAAAUCCCCCCCCCCAGCCCAAGGCCCACAUUCCUUCCCAAGCAACCUUCUGGGGGAAGCAGCGGGUGCAGAUUCUGUACCCCCUCCUCUCUCUAUUCUCCACCCAGGAGUCAUGACCAUAGUUCAAGGACACUUUUCCCAGCCAGGCAGAAGCAGUCAUGGGAGGAUGUGAAGCUGGGCCAGGGAGGGGUGUGGCCUUGAGAAAGGAGGCGUGGCUGGGAAGGAGGCGUGGUCUGGGGAGAUUCCCGAGGGCCACAUAAAGAGGCCCAGGCUUGAGGGUCCCUACUUGCGGAUUCUGACUAGUGCUGUCUGGGGCUGAUGGGAGUUGCAGUCCAAAACACCCAGAGAGCAUUAGGUCUGCAAAGGCUGGUACAAACUGAUCCUAUUAUAUUCUUCCCUGUUUGAUUCUUACGACUGCCAGUUCAUAAGGACGAAGAGCGCCUGGUCACCACGCUCUUUAACAUUUGCUCUAUUAGAUUUUCAUCGUAUUUUGUGUAUUCCAAGCCCCAAAUCAUGGGCAGAGCAAGGGUAAUAGAGGGUGGGUGCAGACUAAUCUGGUUAUGCCCUUGGCUUUCCUUUCGGUUGGCAGUUCGUGUCAGAGGAGGUGAGCUUCCAGCCAGUGGAGGGGAGAGAAAUGGCAGUGUUGCAAGACUUCCUUGGGGUGGCGUUCCAGGGCAAGCCUCCCUAAUGGCAAUAAGUAUUUAUUUGCUUGAUUGUAAACCCACAGCAAAUGCGCAUUGUUUAGACCAGGUGUGGCAGACCUCAGCCUUGCAGGGUGCACUUUGUUCAUUAGUUACUGGAACCCUGGCGUUAACAGAGUGAGGUGUGCAAGAUUGGAGCUCAGGAGGCAGCAUCUUCUACCAAGACAGACCAUUGUUCCAUCAAACUUAUUGUAACUUUGCCCACACUGGCUGGCAGUGACUCUCUAGGGUGUCAGUCAGAGAUUGCCCUCGACCCUUCUUCCUAAGUUUGAACCCAGGAUCUUCUUCAUGCAGAUCAGAUAUUCUGCCAAUGGACUCUAAAUUUUAUGAAAUACAUAAAUACAGUGGUACCUUGGGUUAAGAACUUAGUUCGUUCCGGAGAUCUGUUCUUAACCUGAAGCACCGCUUUAGCUAAUGGGGCCUCCUGCUGCUGCCACACCGCCAGAGCACGAUUUCUGUUCUCAUCCUGAAGCAAAGUUCUUAACCCAAGGUACUAUUUCUGGGUUAGCAGAGUCUGUAACCUGAAGCGUAUGUAACCCGAGGUACCACUGUAAAUGGAGUGUAGGGUUCAAAGGCACCUCCCAUGCACAGGAGUCUGGCUGCACUUUGCCAAAAAUUCCUUUAUCCUUAUGGCGCUUCUGCCUCCAACCCACCCACCAUCGGUCCUGCCAGCAGAGUCUGCAAAGGGCUCCAAUGGAGCCUGGCUCUAACUGGACGAGGAGUCUCGACAUGCCAGAGUGCAAUGUAGCUUUUAAGAGCUCCGAUAAAAGAAGCCCAGUUUGGCACUUCUAAAUCUCUUGCUCAGCUAGGAAGAUCGCUAAAUAAAGCUGCCGUCCUAUCCUACCUGUUCUCUCCCAGAUGGGCAAGGUGCUUCUCUUUCUCUCUUUCUCCCCCGUUUUCUCUCUCUCUCUCUGCAGAGUUUUGAAUCACCCUGGUGCUUUGCUAUUUUUGAUGCUCCGGUGGCUUGAACCAAAAUAUACUCUUCUAUAAAAAAUAAAUUAAGUGUAGGAAAGCAAGAAGGGCUGCUGUUGGAACUGCAGAACACACACAUUCUUCUCCAGCUGCUUCCCCAUUGAAUUUCUUUCUUGCUUUGUUUCUUGUAACUUGGAAAGGAUGCAAUAAGGCGAAUGUUCCUUGAAGCUUUGGCAGGAUGACUUGUGUCUUUAUGAGCGUUCUGCUUGCGGUGUGGUGAGGUCACGGUGCUCACUCCCUGCACGGAGGAAAGGAUUCGCAGCUGGAUGUUGGAGAACUCUCCCUUUGCAUGCAGGGCGUUCUGGGUUCAGUCCCCAACAGCAUCUCCAAGUAGGGCUGGGAAUGUCCCUCCUUGAAACCCUGGAGAUCUGCUGCCAGCCGGGGAAGGUUCUACUGAGCUAGAUGGCCCAGUGGUUUGACUCGGCAGAAAACAGCUUCCUCUGCUCCUGUUUAAACCAUCUCUUUAUUUCGUAUCAUGAGGUCUAGCAGCAUGAUUCUAGGGAAAGGGCCGCAGCACAGUGGCAGAACAUCACCUUUGCAUGCAGAAGGUUCCAAGUUCAAUCCCCAACGGCAUCUCACGGUAGGGCUGGGGCAGAACCCAGUUUCAGAUUCUGGAGACCUCCCUGUUAAUGCUGACAAUACUGAGCUAGAUGGACCCGAGGGCCGACUCAGCAUAGGACAACUGCCUGUUUAAAUCAGUCCUUAAUUCAGAACCCUUAGGGAGCUUCCUGGGUUCUUAUUUCAGUCCUUUAUUCAGAGCCAUGAGGACUAGAAUCUUUGUUUAUUUUCAGUCAGUUCAGACAGUCCUGAGCUUGGUGGACCAGUGGUCAGACUCUCAAUAAGGCAGGCUUCCUAUGUUCCUUCCUCUGGUGAGGAUGGCUCUUGGCUAUUUUUUUUAAAAGUUCCAGCAUCCAGAUCUUAUUACUAGUCUCCCUUGAAGUGUAUGUACCACUUGCCUCUGCCACCUCUUGCCCAAGCGUGGAAUCUGAUGUCGGUCUGACAGUGCCUUCAUAAAUUUUUUUAAAAAAAACAACCAACCAAAACAAGAGCGGGAACUCACCACGCAAAAGUAACUUUCCGAUCCUUAGAAGCUGUGUUUACUCCAUGCCUUAAUUUAAAAAGAGAGCGAGAGAAGCAAAUCAGUAAAAGCUGGAUUUUGAGAUCCUUAGUCAUUGAGCAAAUGUGCCCACUUUGUUUUGCGUAACUCUGCUGAGAUGCUUAAUUCGUUCCUGUUUUGCUAAUCACAGGGAGGGAGGGAGGGGCAAAGGCCAUCCAUUUAGCACCUUUCUAAGUGUGCUUCUAAACCUGAUCUCCCCCUCCCUGGAGGAUGAGAAUUGCCUUAGGCAGGAUGUUUUGUUUUGGAAGCAUCUGAUUCUGCGGGAAGGAGUGGUUGGAAGUAGGCAUGACUUAGGUGAAAUGCUCUGGAACGGCUGUUUUCAGUGUUUACUUCUGCUGGUGCGGCAUAAUGGAUGAGUCCAACUUCUUCUGGGCUCUGGGUUUGUGCUGCUUACUGAGGCAUCUGUGCCUGCGUUGACAUUCUUGUUUGAAUAUUAUUGGAUGCACCUUAGCAGAUUUAUUUUGCAAGUUAAACUUAAAUUUUAUUUCACAGAAUUAUUAUACCAAUUAUUUUUUUUAAUAAAAAUUAAUUACAAUUAGGCUGUUAUAACCCAUCCUGGGGCCUGCUGGUGAACGGCGGGUAAUAAAUUUAAUUAUUGCAAUUAUUAAUAUUGCCCCUAUGAGGUUUAGGCUGUGUGUGUGUCAAUGCCUCUAUCUCUAUACAUGCAUAUUUAUAUUUUAAUUAAAAGCAGAGGGCAAAAUUGUGUCUAUUCGCGCAGAAGAGCUCUCAUUCCUAAUGGCAGGCUGACAUUUUCCCAUCAUUCUCACUAUAGCAUCCUUAACCCCCCCAUGCCUUCUUUUGAUUAACAUUCAGUCUGAUAAGAAUAUUUUCCUUUUUUUAAGCCUCCCUUAAAACUUUCUCUCUUCUUAGUUUGUCUUAACAAAGGCCUCAGUUCCUCCCCCUGCCCCGUUUCCUUUGAAUUAUUCUUAAUUACAAAUUUAUUUUUUUAUGUGGGUGGGUGUCCCUAUAGAGCUCCUCAACGGUGGUUCCUUUCCAGCAGAUUUCUCUGGCUCAGAGCUUUGCAAGGCUGUGAAAAAGCUGAAAUGGGUAAGAGUGGGGGUGAGAGAGAAGCUUUGCAUAGUCCAUUAGUGAAUUACCGGAAUUUGUUCUGACAGAUGUGGUUGGUGGUAAUGACUUACAUUAAUGCCCGCCCAGUUUUGUUUUUAAGUUCAUUUAUCCCGGUUCCUGGGGGAAUCUGCUGCAAUUACAUGGGAGGGUCAGUCUCUCCAGGAACUGGCCUUCCAGGGAGGAGGGAGGAAGGAUCCUGGCUUUGGCAGCGCCAGGGAGCAGGCAGAUAGGCUAGCCUGGGCCCACCUCCCCACCCCCAAGGAGAGUGCAUAGCCUCCCCCUUCUUCUUACACACAGGGAAUCGUGUAGAGUUGCAAGGGACACCCAAAGCGUCAUCUAGUCCAACCCUCUGCAAUGCAGGAGUCACAGCUUAAAUGCAAUAAACUUCCCGUGCGCAGAGGAUGAAGAGGUAGUGCUGAGUCCCUGUAAAACAGAGCUGUCGCUUUGGAAGACCAGUGGAGAUGCUUACAACACUCCCCCCCCAAGCACAGCCCUUUUAAAAUGUGUUUUUGGGGGGUUAUUGGGUUGUUGUUUAUAUUUUUGUUAUGUAUUUUGUGGUUUUAUAUUUUGAUUUUAUUCUGUGAACGCCCUGAGACCUCUGGGUAUAGGGCGGUAUAUAAAUUCAAUGAAUGAAUGAAUGAAACCUGGUGUCCUCCAGAUGGUUUGGACUACAACUCCCAAACAUCCGGAGGGCACCAGCUUGAGUAGGCCGGCUUAGAGUAAGGUUACCAGACGUCCCCAUUUCCCAGGGACAGUCCCCGGAUUUACAAAUCAGUCCCCAUACAAAAUCCAUUAAAGUUGAAAAGUGUCCCCAGAUUCAUUGAAAAAAAUCUGGUAAGCUUAGCUUAGAGUGACCUCUGCACCUACGCUAAUCGCCAUCCCUGUCUUGACUGGAGGACUUGAAGUGGCUUUGCAUUUUGGGAUGGGGCUUGUCCCCCCAAAUCCUAUAGGACCCCUCCCACACUUCCUCUUUACCCCCCUCCUCCCAGUGCAUCUCUGUUCACAUCGAAUGGUUCAUGGAAUGAUAGAGGGCCUUCUGAGUAGUGGCGCCCGCCCCGUGGAACGCCCUCCCAUCAGAUGUCAAAGAUAACAACAACUAUCAGACUUUUAGAAGACAUCUGAAGGCAGCCCUGUUUACGGAAGCUUUUAAUGUUUGAUGUUUUACGGUAUUUUAAUAUUUUCUUGGAAGCUGCCCAGAGUGGCUGGGGAAGCCCAGCCAGCUGGGCGGGGUAUAAAUAAUAAAUUAUUUUAUUAUUAUUAUUAUUAUUAUUAUUAUUAUUAUUAUUAUUAUUAUUAUUGAAUCUUAGAGUUGGAAGGGUGCUCCUUCUGAGCUUUAGCCAGCCUGACUUUCUCCCUGCAACUGUUGGCUACUCAUGUAUACUUCCCCUUUCUUCCAUUUCUUAUACAGUGGUACCUCGGGUUAAGUACUUAAUUCGUUCCGGAGGUCCGUUCUUAACGUGAAACUGUUCUUAACCUGAAGCACCACUUUAGCUAAUGGGGCCUCCUGCUGCCGCCGCGCCGCCGGAGCACGAUUUCUGUUCUCAUCCUGAAGCAAAGUUCUUAACCCAAGGUAAUAUUUCUGGGUUAGCGGAGUCUGCAACCUGAAGCGUAUGUAACCCGACGUACCACUGUACAUGCCUUCCUUAACUCUCAGGUCAUUUAUAAGCUCCUUAUGCAGCCACACCGGUUUCCUUAGAUGCCUCCCACUUCUCUUUCUCAUUGGUAUUAUCUGCAUUUGGACCGUUAAUAUUUCUCCUUGCAGAAACUCCCAUUCUUCUUGGACUCCCUUCUCACUGAAUAUUUCUGACCACGGGAUCACACCCAGGAGCUUCUUCGGCUUUUCUAAACUGGCCUUCUUAAAGUCCAGAGUGCGUGUUUCUCUUGCCUCUGUAUCUUGAAACCCAGGAGAGCACGGUCACUUCCUCCCACGUUUCUGAGCACUUCCUCAGUCAGUUCCUCCCUAUUGGUGAGGACCAGGUCCAAGAUAGAUGAUUCCCCUUGUUGGUUUUUCCAGCUUCUGGGGAAUGAAAUUGUCAGUGAUGCAGUGGAGGAAUUUGUGAGACCUUACACUCUUGGCAGACUUUGAGUCCCAACAGAUACUGGGGAAGUUGAAGUCCCCCAUGAUUGCUAUUUCUCUCCUUUUUUAAUGUUUGGUAAUCUGCUCUCAUAAGGCAUCAUCCAAGUCUUCAGUCUGGCUUGGCAGUCUAUAGCAAACACCCACAGUAAAGUCACUGUUGUUUUUCUCUCCUACAAUUUUUACCCAUAUACAGUGGUACCUCGGGUUAAGUACUUAAUUCGUUCCGGAGGUCCGUUCUUAACGUGAAACUGUUCUUAACCUGAAGCACCACUUUAGCUAAUGGGGCCUCCUGCCGCCGCGCGGUUUCUGUUCUCAUCCUGAAGCAAAGUUCUUAACCUGAGGUAAUAUUUCUGGGUUAGCGGAGUCUGUAACCUGAAGCAUAUGUAACCCGAGGUACCACUGUACUCUCAAUCUCCUUUUCAUGCUCCAGGUCAUGUAUUUCUUCACAAGGGUACACAUCCAUUAUAUACAACACCACUCCUCCUCCCUUCCUGUUUGGUCUAUUUCUUUUGAACAGGUUAUACCCCUCCAUUCCUACAUUCCAGUCAUGAGUCUCAUCCCACCAGGUUUCAGUAAUGCCUACCAGGUCGUAUUUGCCAUCCUGUGCUAAGAGCUCAAAUUCAUCUUGUUUGUUUCCCAUACUCUGUGCAUUUGUGUAGAGACAACUGAAACCAUGAGUCGUUCCCUCUAGCUGCUGCCUUCCUGUAGUUUCUUUCCCUUUAGCAGGUUUCUGGAGCACCACCUCAAUUUCCUGUGCAUCAGUGAAGCUAUUAUGCCAGGUUGCACGGUUCAAUCCCUGCAAGCUGCUUCUUUAUUCUUAAGCACAGUUCUUUUUCCAUCUUAGUUCUCCUUUGCGGCCUUCUGCUUGGGCAGGAGAGCAGCGCUCUCCUCCAUCUGCUUUCCAAACGGAAGUGGCUCAGCCUUGAAAGCAGCCUUUCAUCUCCAGCCGUUAGCAGCUUUGUAACUUCCCUUCUGCAAAUCAUGGGCUCUGCCUUCCUUGUGCUGCAUGGAAACAUCCUCACUCAAAGCCGUACAUUCCAACAACACGUAAAUGAGGGUUGUCGCUGGUCGCCUCUGUGGAUAUUUUGGGAUGGCGAUGGGAUGAUGUAUCACUUAGUUUCAGGAAUUGCAGCGCUAAGCCCUGGAGCUCUGUCGGCCCCAAGGACGUGCCCACACCAGCUGGUGGCACCAGGCAAUAACGGGGGGCAAAGUAUAUUUCUUCACCCCACACAUUCAAUUUCUGAAAGAGAGAUAACGUAUUUCAGAGACCACUGGGUUACGGUUAAUGUACUUGUCACUUUCUUGCUCCACCCAGUGUGUGAGGAUGAGAGUGGGAGCGUCCUCUGUUCAUAGGGUUCCUGACUGGACUAUCUUCCUUCAAGCAUCCGAGCUGGAGCGGUGGUCUGGGGCUUGGGUGCGUCCAGGAAUCUAGGCAGGCAGGCAGGCAGGCUUGGCAGAAUCUCUGCCGGCAUGUGCUCUCCCUGUUGCAGGAACAGCAGGAUAGAAUUGCAAGCUUAAUAAAUGAACCACGGCUGCAAAGGAUUGAAAUGAGGUGCGGCCUUGUCGGAGCUCAUGGUGAGCAGACUGAGAACGGACAAGGUCCGUCACGGUUCGGGGACACAUUGGCAGCCAGGUAAAAACGGACAGGAUGCAGAACAGGGCUGGAGAAGGGCGUGGCUUGGGGAGAGUUUCAAGGGCCAGACAGAGUGAACUGGAGGGCCAUAGUUGAUUGGUGCCAGCUGAAAAGGGAACAUGAGGCUAAGAGGUCUAAAUUAGGGCUGUCAUAUGUCUAGAAUUUCCUGGACAUAUCUGGGAUUUGUCCAUCAGAAACAAAUGUCUUGGAAACAAAAAAUGUCCAGGAAAAAAGUGUUGGUUUUUUUGUUGUUGUUGUUUUUUUGCAGAUUAUUUUGCAACUUUUGUGUUCGGGUUUUCACUUUUUGAAAUAUGGCAACCCUGUCGAACUCAUCGAAGGGCCUAGAAAUCAAGCCUUAGUAGGGAUGGUUGAGGGAGCUGGGUAAGUUCAGCUUGGAGAAAAUAAGACUGAGAGGUGAUAUGAGAGCCAAACAUCAGAAGGGCUGUCACAUGGGAGAUGGAGCAAGCUCGCUUUCUGCUGCUCCAGAGGGAAGGAUCCGAACCAAGGGAUCCAAAUAACAAGAAAGGAGAUUCCAACUAAACAUUAGGAAGAACCGUAUGAUGGUAAAGACAAACUCAGAAGGUAAAGACAAACUCUUCUUCAAAGGAUGUUUUUAAACAGGUUGGACGGCCACCUGCUAGGGAUUCUUCAGCUGUGAUUCCUGCAUGGCCAGGGGUUGGACUAGAUGACUCGGGGGGUCCCUUCAAACCCUAUGAUUCCAUGAGGCAGUUCUUCGGGAAUUCCUUUUCAAAGCCAUGAUUGACUGUAAACAAGGUGCUUUGUGUUGGGUCAUCUUUCUUGGAAGACGCCGGCUGCUGCUGUUCUUGGAUCCGGGCCAUUAGCUUGCAUCAGCAUCUUUAUAGGCCAUCCCUUUCCAAGAGGCGUGUUGUUAUUGUUUAAAAAAUGUUUCUGUCAGCUCUCCAUCUGUCUUGCCAGGUAAAAGAAGAAGAAGGAGGGUGGGGAGGGGUAAGUUGCAUGUUUGGAGCACAUGGCAAAUCCAUUCCUUAUCAGUCCAUUUUUAGAUGUUCUAGAAGGUCUGGCCCUUAGCAAUUUCAAAAAUGCAAAAAGAGCCCUGCUGGAUCAGGCCAAAGGCCCAUCAUCCUGUUCUCACAGUGGCCAGCCAGGUGCCUCUUCUGGGAAACCCACAAGCAGGAUCUGGGCCCAAAAUCAGCUCUUCCCUCCUGUGGUUUCCACUAUUGAGAAACUGCUGCUUCUGACCGUGAAGACAGAGCAUAGCUGCCAUGCUUAGUAGCCACUGACAGCUUGAAUUUGUCUAGUCCUCUCUUAAAGCCGGGACGCAGGUGGCACUGUGGGUUAAACCACAGAGCCUAUUGGGCUUGCCAAUCAUAAGGUCGGCGGUUCAAAUCCCCGCGACGGGGUGAGCUCCCGUUGCUCGGUCCCUGCUCCUGCCAACCUAGCAGUUCAAAAGCACCCUUAAGUGCAAGUAGAUAAAUAGGUACCGCUCCGGCGGGAAGGUAAACGGUGUUUCCGUGCGCUGCUCUGGUUCUCCAGAAGCGGCUUAGUCAUGCUGGCCACAUGACCCGGAAGCUGUACGCCGGCUCCCUCGGCCAAUAAAGCGAGAUGAGCGCCACAACCCCAGAGUCGGCCACGACUGGACCUAAUGGUCAGGGGUCCCUUUACCUUUACUUCUUAAAGCCAUCCAUGGUGGUGGUCCUCGCUGCCCCCCGCAGGAGCGAGCUCCAUAGUCUAGCUUUGCGCUUUUCCUCGGAAAAGAGCGAGCUGCAAACUCUCCUUGGAAGGUUUUGGAAAACGGCCCGGAUUUCCUCGCUCUCCCCCACCCACCGCCCUGUUGCCUUUUGAAAAUAUAAACCCAGCUUUCCUGACGCUGCUGCUAAUUACUCCAUUAGUGCAUAUGGGGCUUGUUUAUUUCUCUUGAUCUUAAAACAAUGCGGGUGCCUACUGAGAAGGCCUCUCUCUGGGGCUGUGUCACCAGCCCCGUGUACUUUGCAAAAGCAUUUCAGCUCCAGAUCAAACGGGGCACGUGAUGCGUCUCCCGUGGCACCUGGAAAUCUAGGUCUGCCAUUAGUUGUCUAAAAUGUUAAGAAUUCUAGAGUUGGAAGGGAACCCCAAGGGUCAUGUAGUCCAGCCACCUGCAGUGCAACCCCCCAAAUGCUUCUGUUUUGAGAAUCUCGAUCAAAAAAUGUGUGGUCAGGUAGAUGAGGCCCAAGCCUGUGAACUUUGCCCAUCCAUACCAUCCAUUUUAAAGCACUCCACUUUAAAAUUCACAGAGAACCCUGGAAGCUGUACAGUGGUACCUCGGGUCACAUACGCUUCAGGUUACAUACGCUUCAGGUUACAGACUCCACUAACCCAGAAAUAGUACCUCGGGUUAAGAACUUUGCUUCAGGAUGAGAACAGAAAUUGUGCUCCGGCGGUGCAGCGGCAGUGGGAGGCCCCAUUAGCUAAAGUGGUGCUUCAGGUUAAGAACAGUUUCAGGUUAAGAACGGACCUCCGGAACGAAUUAAGUACUUAACCCGAGGUACCACUGUAGUUUGUUUUGAGUCCUGGGAAUUGUGGCGCUGUGAGCUUAACGAACCGCCAUCCCCAGGAUUCCUUGGGGGAAGCCGUGACUGUUAAAGUGGCGUAACCAGAGUGCUUUAAACAUACCUACCUUCUUCAUGCAAAGUAGGUGCUCUUCCACUCAGCUACCUCUUCUGCUGCGUCCAGCUAGCUGUGUGUUGUCUACACUGACUGGCAGCAGCUCUCUGGGGUUCCAAACAGAGGAAGGUCGCCUAAUCUUCAUUUUAGUUGGAGAGGCUUUCAGGAGACCUUCUGCAUGCGAAGCAGGGGCUUUAACCCUUGAGUGUCCAGAGGAGUGUUGCUGAAUUCCCAACAGGCGUAGACGCAUCCUUUGUUAUCUAAACUAAAACCAGAGACACACUUCACCACUUUCAGCCAAGCUGAUUUUGUUCCAAAGCAUGUGGAGAAUUUCCCAUCCUCAGAUGUACACCUGGGUUGCAUCCGAGUAGACUAUUGUAUGUGGGUCUUCACGUGGUUGGACCCUAACCUCCUAUGUUUCUGUAUUGGGGAAACACCUUCAGAACAGUAACUCAUACAGAGAGGCAACGUUCUCUUUUCUUUUCUGUAUCGUACCAUCCUUGAUUUAUUUUCUGUAUGAUUAUUAUUUUGCGACCCCUUUUCCAUGCGCUUCCAUGAUAUUACUCAGGGGUGCCAUGCGUGCCAAAGUAGGAAUCUGUUGGCUUUCUCCCCCCUCCCCACUCCUCCGUUCCACUCCUUAAAUUAGAUAAAAUGUGGGCAUCUUGCUUUGGCAUCUGCUCCCUGCAAGGGGUUUAAAUAUAUUUUGAGAAAAUAUGGGGCAGGUGGGAAGGGGGGGGGACUCUGCAAAAAGUUAUGUUGCCUUAGGGAAGCGUUCUGCUAAAAGUGGAAAUCCAUGCGCUGAGAUGGGGAGGGGUGGCGGCAGCGAGGGGGAGCUUUUUGUAAAACUUACCAAAUGAGCAGAUUCUCUCUCUCUCCUUCUCUGCAAACUGGAGGCGGAAUCCUGCUCUGGGGUGGGGGGCUCGCGGGCUCUUUCUCGGAGCUCAGCAGCAGGGUGAAAUCAGCAGGCAAGCAGUUGCAGAGUUUGAGGUCUGGGGAGGAAGAAAACGUUGCACCCGGGUCCUGCUUGUGGGCUUCUCAUUGGGGGAACCUGGUUGGCCACUGUGAGAUCUGGAUGCUGGACUAGAUGAGGCCCCUUUGGCCUGAUCCAGCAGGCCCUUACAUUCAUACCGACUUGAACCCUUCCCGUGGUGGUAGCAAUCAGGCCAUAUCAAAUACAUUGUGCACUGUAACCUGAGUUGCCAUUCAUGCAGCUCACAUAGGGGGAGAUUCCUUGUAGCUUUCCCAGCAAUUUUUAGCACUGGAAGACAAAAUCUGAGAUACCUUUUGAUAGAUUAGGUCAGCCUUGUAUGGUUGAUGGCCCCUACAGACCGUUUGACAAAGCACAGAAGAGCUGCCAUGGGGAUAAAUAGAAGAGACAGUGUUCAUUAGUCAACAGUGGGCAGAACCCAUUUCUUCCUCCGAAAUCCCAAACUUGUAUAUGGAAAGGAUUUUUUGACAGUUGAGCUAUUAAUAAACUUUGUGUUAGAAACAUGUUAUUGCUACCAACAGGUAACUUUUGAUUGUUAUCGGGCAAACAGAAGCACUCAAAUAAGCUUCUCUAGAUUAUGUAUGUUAUGUUGAAGUUAUUGUUUAACAUAAAAAUGUGAUGGAGAGGGGCGAAUUUAAGCUGGUUCCUGGACAAUGUAGACCCACCUGAUAGCAACGCCUUUGUACCUAGCAGCAGUGAGAAAAGUUGCAGGCUGCUUAUUUGACCCCAAACAGUGUUGAUGACUGACAAGGUUUUUUGUUUUGUUUUUUAAUUCAGCUGAUUUGAGGGACAUUGUCGUGUUUAAGUCGUCACCAGCUGCAUUCCUGAAAAUCGUGUAGGUUUAAUUUAGGAACACAGGAAGCUCCCUUGUCUAUCUCAGUAUUGUCCACACUGACAUUUCAACCAGGCAAAAAAAUGCACUCCAGGAGGCUGCAAAGUAGGGCUGUUGAGGAGGCGUGGCCUUGGGGGAGAGUCCCAAGGGCCAGAUAGAGAGGCCUGGGGGGCAGCAUUUGGUUCUCUACUCCAUGGUUUACUGUGACAUUCAAAAAAAGCCAUUCUGUUUUCCUGCUUUUAUCAUAAGCUGCUCUGAUUGUGUGUAUAGAAAUCAAUUCAAGUAUCUGAAGAAGUAUGCAUGCACACGAAAGCUCAUACCAAGAACAAACUUAGUUGCUCUCUAAGGUGCUACUGGACAUUUAUUUUAUUUUAUAUAUAUUUCUACUGUAUAGAAAUUGUGUUGUAUAAAACUCUUAUUUCUUUUAAAUGUCCCCCCCCUUUUUUUUGUUUCAGCUCUGACCGGCUGGUAGAAGAGACAAUAAGGUAAGACCCAGCCUACUACCUCAUACCCAUCUUGUUUCUAAGCUCAUGCAUUUUGCGCUUUCCUGCUUGUACAAUCAGACUUGCAAGGCUCACUCCUCCCUGCUUCAGAGUUUAACCUCUGUAUAAUUUCUGAGGGGUCCUAAUGCUAGCCAUCAACCAGCCAUCUCACUUCUGGUGGGUGCAGAGAUCAAUGGAGAUAGUUCUCUAAUCCAUAUAGCUGCCCACUAAAUUUCUUAUACAACUGGAGUAAUUUUUCCACUGGGAUUUUAGGGUAAUAGUCAUACCUAUGGCUGUGUCAAUGAGACCUCGUGCUAUCAAGCUACUUUCCCAGGUACUUAAUUGCCUAAGAGCUGCCAUUUGACUAUCUCUCCCACUCCCCCCCAAAAGAAGACAUUUGCCCCCACAAUAACCAGGAUAGUGGAACAUUUUGUAGAUCUUUUCUAAGUCACCUGCGUAUCAAAAUAAAAAAGGAAAAAUUAAAUACUGCCACCAGCUACUUGACACUUUUAGUCAUAACUUUUCUUUAAAAAGUCACAUCGACAUAGUUCAACAAAAUAAACAUUGUUAGGGGGUUGGACUAAAUGACCUUUGAGUCCUUGUGACUUUGACAAGUUGACUUCACUGCUUGCCUUGGGUGGGAUGCAAAGCUAGCGUUUGUUUUCCAAAGCUCUUCGUUCUGGACUCUGUUCUUCAGACCUCCUGUUUCAUUUCUGAACGUUCAUUUAUUAUCUUAUAAAUGCACAGUGUCAUGUCACGUGAUGCCUUAGCACUGCUGGGCAGCCGAAAGGCAAUUUGAGGGUGUUUUAAAUAUAGAUUAGCAGCAGCUGCCAGUGAAGGGAAGAGGUGUUUGCAAAGUUGUGAGAGGUAGCUCCACUCUUUACUCAGACUAUCACCUUCUGUUUUGAGUUUUCGUUGCUUUUUCAAUUUGCAGCCUACUUACAUUACACACACACACACACACACACACACACACUUAUUGGAGGCAGUGCAUAGCCAUCGUAGCUCAUAGCCAUUGAUAGCCCUCUCCCUCUGUGAAUUUGUGCAGUCGUCUUUCAUGGCCAUCAUUGCCUCCUGUGGCAGUGAGUUCCACAGUUUAACUCCAUGCUCCAUGAAGAAGGGCACUUUUUUUUAAAAAACGUGUCCUGAAUCUUCCAACAUUCAACUUCAUUGGAUGAGAGAGAGGGAGGGAAACUUCCAUGUCCUUGUUUCAGGUGUGGCUUCUGCAAAACACCCUGUGAGAACAAAGCCCAUGUUUUCGUUCUCUUCUCUCCCUCCCCGCCGCCCCCCCCCCCCGGUUUUCCUCACUGUAAUUGCAAACAUUUGUGUAUCUGAUUAAUUGGUGGUAGCGCGGCUUCUGCUGCUGCUGUUGCUUGAGGGAAUUGUACCCACUAGGAAUUCGCCCGUCUCUUAAUUAGCUCCUUGUCUGUCAUCACCCAGUGGGAGCACGUGAGGCGAUGCAGAGCCUGAGAGGCGUUGAGUUAUGGCUGCUUGGGUGACUGGAGCGCGGUUGGCUCCCUGGCCUUCCUGGUUCAUUUCCGUCAUCUGUUUAAGGCGGGUGGUAAUCUGGGGAGUGGAGAGCAGGAGGAGAUUGGAGAUCUGCCCCAGGGGUCUUCCACCAGUCCUGAGGAGAUGUGCGACAGAGCCCUUAGAGAAGGGCUAUAGCUCAGUGGUAAGAGCUUGGUACGGCGAAGGUCCCAGGAUCAGUCCCCUGGGACACCAGAAAUCCUGCAGAGCUGCUGCCAGUCUGUGUAGACAAUACUGAGCUAGAUGGGCCAGUGAUCUGACGCAGGAUAAGGCAGCUUGCUGUGUUCCUGUUUAAACCAUCCCUUUCUUUAGAAUCAUGAGGACUGGAAUCGUAGCUUAUUUUUAGGGAAAGGAGCAUAGCUUAGCGGUAUACAGACCCUGCUUUGCAGAGGUAGAGCUGGGAAUGUUGUCUGAGGUCCUGGAGAGCUGCUGCCAGUCAACACAGACAAUACUAAGCUUAGAUAGGCUGAAGGUCUGACUUAGUAUAAGGCAGCCUUUAAUUUAGAACCAUGAGGACUUGAACCUUGUUUUGCUUUUAGCUCAAGACCCAUAGUUCAGUGGUCACUGUGCUGUGUGCUGUGGACACAGAACCUCCUGGGUUCAAUCCCUGACAGGUAGAGCUUGUUAAGACUCCCUUCCUGAAACCUUGAGGAGCCGUUCCCUUUCAGGGUGGAUAGCACUGGGCUUAGAAGGACCAAUGAGCUGACUGUAUGAGGAAGCUUCACCUGUUCCUCUGAGAUCUGUUGUCUUGCAGGAAUUUGGGGGAGAUGACCCCUCAAUCCGUCCUAGUGAGAUAAAUUUACUUCUAAAUUUUUGCACGUGUGAAAUUCAGCUCCAGCAUCCUAAACAAAAAUUUCCCCUUCCUUCCUUCCCUCCCUCACUUUUCUCUUGCAUUGCCAACUCCGUGGAAAAGAGCAGUUUUGGAAGUGCUUUCUCUUGCAAAACCAUGUCCUCAUUCUCCCCUCCCUCCCUCCUUCCUCCCUUCCCCUUUGUUAUGUCAGCUUUCCCUGAAAUGAAGUAAAACGAAUGACCGGCUACGCUCCAUGCACCACCUAAAUGAAGCAGAAAUUCCUGUGCGCCAUCAUCAAGAAAGGCUCCUUGCUGCCUCCUCCAGAGUUUUAUGACUGCUGGGGGAUUUUUGAGGGGAGGGGCACUCUUCGUUGUGGCUCCGUUUGUUUAGCUGCAAACCCUGAGAAAAUUGGGGUUGGGGGGGGAUGAUCUCUCUCAGCUCUUCAGAUUACAUUAAACCUCCUUCUGAAAAUUGGAGAAGGAUGUACCAGGGUGUGGCAUUUAGCAGAGUGACCUAGUGAGAGAAUUCUGUUAUCUCUGGGCAACAGCCCGAGUGGUUCAACUCUCUCCCCAGCCCCUAGUCAUAUUCAGCAGUGACUGGUGCCAUUGAGACUGGUGGGAUGGAAGGCAGGGAUGCCAGCAGUGGGCUGGGCCAGAGGUAACAAGGGGCAACACAGAGGAGGAAGAGGAGGGAGCUGGUGGGCAAGGUCAGCCCCAGGGGGCUGGUUUGAGUAAAGAGGCAGUCAGGUGUGGGGCUGGCUGAAGGCAAGAAGAAUCACCUUGGUGGGGCAGUGCCCCAGUUGCCCUCAGUAGCUACGCUACGAUACGAUAAUCUUUAUUGUCAUUGUCCCAUACAGAACAACGAAAUUGAAAAAAAUCUACAUCAGACAUUCAGAAACCAACAAGCCUGCUAUCCCAGCCUGGUUAGCCCCCUAAAAACUCUGAUACCCCAUAAUUAAAUACAAUAUACUCCCAUAGAGACUACCUUACACUGCAUUUAAAACCAAAAUCGCAUUUGGGUAGAAACUGUUUCUCAGGUAGCUAGUCCUAGUCUUUAUAACCCUGUACCUUCUUCCAGAAGGCAGAAGCUGAAAGAGAUCAUUUCCGUGGUGCGCACUAUCCUGCGCUAUCUCUGCAGCUUUCUUAUGGCACCUGGAAGCGUAGAUUUGAUCCAAGGUGGGAAGAGUGCACCUAGUUAUUAUCUCCGCAGUCUUUACAACCCUGGACAGCAUUGUUUUUUCCCUGACUGUGCAGCUCCCAAACCAGUUUCUACUGCACACACAAUCAGAGGUAUUUCAUGGUCAAAUGCAGGUGUGGAAGGUUUAGUGCGUAACACUAGCAUGUCAGGCAGGAGGGACAUUGCCAGCCAGGAGGGACAUUACCAGGAAGUGCCAUUGGGGAUUAUAGAAUCGUAGAAUUGUAGAGUUGGAAGGAACCCCAAGGUCAUCCAGUCCAACCCCCUGCAAUGCAGAAAUCUCAGUUAAAGCAUCCAAGAGAGGUGGCCAUCUGACCUCCGCUUAAACACUUCCAAGGAAGGAGAGUCCGCCACCUCCCAAGGGAGACCGUUCCACUGUCGAACAGCUCUAACUGUCAUAAAGUUCUUCCUGACGAUUAGUCGGAAUCUCCUUUCUCAUAACUUGAAGCCACUGGUUCAAGCCCUACCCUCCAGAGUGGAGAAACCAAGCUUGCCCCAUCCUCCCUGUGAGUCCUUCAGAUAUUGGAAGAUGGCUCCCAUAUCUCCUCUCAGUCUCCACUUUCCCAGGCUAAACAUCCCCAGCUCCCUCAACCGUUCCUCCUUAGGCUUGUUUCCAGGCCCAUGGCCAUCCUGGUCGCCCUCCUCUGCCCACCUUCCAGCCUGUCAACAUCCUUCUUAAUUGUGGUAGGCAGAACUGGAAUCCGUACUCCAGGUGUGGUUUGACCAAGGCAGAACAGAGUGGGACUAUUACUUCCCUUGAUUGGAGCACUUGGCUUCUGUGGACGCAGCCUAACAGGCCAAGCAGGGGCUCUGUGCUGGUACUCACUCACUGGCCCUUGGACUUCGCCCCUUCCCCCUCCCACUGCCUCCCCAUAGCAAAAAACACAGCCCCUUUCUGCUGCUCUGAAACCGUUUUGCAAGGUUGGUGCCGGAGAAGGCGGUUCUGCUGCUCCAAGCAUCUCACCGGAGGUUUUUAAGCAGCUGUCGGAAAAGGUUCCUUUCAAGCUUCUCUUCCUUAAUGGUGUCCCCCCCCCUUUCCCUCUCUCUCCUUUUUAAUGCAACAGAAAAGCAUCUGGCAGCCUUCCCCCCCCCCCGCCAGCUGAAGCGAGGGGAGCGCUUGCGGCGGCCUUUGCAGCGAGCGAGCCUGAGAUGUAUUUAACAUUAGCGCUUGGCUCGGGGCCCUCUCACCCGCACGGCUGGCUGGCAGGGCGUCGUGGCGGGUCGAUUGGGUUGCCUCUGCAAGUCCCCAAACCCAGCCCUGCGCAGAUCGGGGGCCGCUCAGUUGCCCAGGGUAAGGAUCGCGGUUCUGGACAAAAACAAUUAUGCAUUUCUUGGGCAGAAAACGGCAGCUCCCUUGCUCAGGGAAACCCUUUCCAGCUGAGGGCCACAUUCUGUCCAGGGCAACCAUCUGAGGGCCACAUGCCUGUGGUGGGUGGGGCUAGACGUGGAAGUGGGUGGAGCAACAGAUGCAAAUCUUGCAAUUCUUCAGUAGGCUGGUUUCUUCACACCCACCUGCCCCUCUCUUGGAAAAGGGCCAUAGCUUUCCAGGUUCAGUCCCCAGCAUCUGCCAAGUUUAAACUAUCUCCUGCUUGGAACCCUGGAGAGCUGCUGCCAGCCAGUGUAGACAACUCUGAGCUAGAUGGACCCAGUAAUUUCACUCGGUAUAAGGCAGCUUCCUAUGAUUCUAUCUGCAAAAGUCAGAAGCAUCAGUGAAUUUUCUGCUUUAGGGAUGCAAAUAAUUUAGUCUAGUCAUAUGCUCUCUCCUUGAUGAAUGUUUAUGUUUUACCUAUAAAUACAGAAAUGUCACACCACGUCUCCCUGGCAAGAACUGUGCUCAGUUCUGGGGCUUUUUGAAUAUUCCAUUAGGUGGGCUGCCGCAAAUCCAUGUUGGCCAGCAGAACAAACCUUUAUUAUUUGUAUUCUCAGAGUACAAACUGAGAGGCAAAAAAGGUAGUGCUCUGGAUUUCUGGUGAAAGGAAAACCUUAUGAGGUGGGUUCCUUUACUGCUCAGGUCGAAAAGAUACUUAGGGAAGCUGGAUAAAUUUUUCCUCCACAGAGAUAGUAGGUAGGGAGAAUUCCUCCCCCCCCCUCACAAUACUAGAACCCCAGAAAGUCACCCAUUGAAACUGAAUGCUGGGAGAUUCAAGGGAGACGAAGGAAGGACUUGGUCACAUAGUGCAUGGGUAAACUGUGGAACUCACUGCCACAAGAGGUGAUGACUAGCAGGUUGGAUGGUUUUAAAAGGGGGUUUGGGGGGGAAUUCACGGUGGAUCAGGCUAUGAAUGGCUACUGACUAUGAUGGCUACACUCCCUCUCUGCCAGAGGCAGUAUUCCGCUGUAUCUCAGUCUGCGACUCAUAAACAGGGAGCAUGCAGUUGCAUGGUCUGACCCAGCAGCCAAGCUCUUCUGGUGCUCUUACGUAAAGAAGGUGGAUACUUAGGCUGGGAAGUGUUAUCGUCUGAGUGGAGGUUUUCAUUAGCCAAUCGCAUAAAUCACUUGCUGUCAUUCACCAAUUAUGUAAAGCCAAUUAUGGUUGUUUAUUUCACGGCAGUGCAAAGUUUCUCUGACUUUCUAAGUCGGGCCAUAGCUCCGUGGCUGAGCAGCUGCCUUGCAUGCAGAAACACCCAGCUAAGGCUGGGGAGACCAGGCCUGAAACCCUGGGCAGACACUGCCAGUCAGUGCAGACAGUGCUAGGUGGAACACAUAAAGCUCUCCUUUUGCAUUGGAAGGAGCAUAGCUCAGCGGCAUAGAGCAUCUGCUUUGCACACAGAAGGCCCCAGAUUCGAUCGCCAGCAUCUUUGAGCAGGACCGGAAAGAUCCUCUGCCUGAAACCCUGGAGAGCCUCUUUAAGUCAAGUGUAGACAAUACUGAGCUAGAUGGACGAAUGAGUCUGACUUGGGAUGAGGCAGCUUCUUGGACCUGAUACUCUCUUAGCAACAAAUCCACCCAGGAAAUGCGCUUUCCAGGGUUACGGAGCAGCAUGGCAAACCUCUCUUUCUCCCUCUUGCUCCCUGUGUUGCAGAAUUUCCUUCCUGUCUCCCAUUUUCGUUUUCACCCCUUUUCCUUCUGCUUCCUGCGCAUUUGCUGGCAGCUCCUCCAGCUUUGAGGAUCCCCUUUUGAAUCCCUUUCCUUGCCACACCACAGAAGGAGAAGACUUUCUGCUGCUUUGUUUUCCUGCCUCCGUCCCCUGCUCGCCUGAUCUUCAGAAGAGGGCUCCCAUGAGUGCCGGCGGGUUGCCUCUCUUUCCCCUUGGGCCUGGGUAGCUGUGGAAACAAACACCGAUUCGCCGUGCUGCGUAUACAGAGGUUCCCAUUUUUAAAAACACAUACAAAAACCCAGCAACCUCCUAUACACUUGCCUUGGGGUUUGCCCCGACUUAAAGGCCGCAUCUUAACACAGCUAAACACUUCUGAAAUGAAGCAAACAUCAAGAAAUAAAAGAGAGCAGGAUUCAGCAAAGUUAAGCCUCCCCAUCCCUGUAGGGCCCGGGUUCAAACCCCAGCGGCAUCUCCAGGUAGGGCUGGCGGGAAAGACUCCCUGCCUGAAAGCAUGGAGAGCUGCUGCCAGCCAGUGCAGACAACCCUGGGUGGGAUAGGCCAAUGGUCUGGCUCAGUAUAAGGCAGCUUCCUGUGCUUGUAUCUCCCUCUCCGCUCCUGAUUAGCUUUUCUGUUGCCCAGCCUGUCCUCAAGUUGUGCUUCACACGACCUCUCCCCACAGCAACCAGGGCUGGCUCUGACACCCUCAUGCACAACUCCCUGUCACUCAGCAAAGUGCCUUCUCACUGUCAUCAUCCCCAGCUGCCACCGCCUCUCUCCUUCCCUGUUGCGGCCGCCCCCUGCUUGCUUGCUUCCACUUGCUUGCUUGCAUCCUUAAAACAUUCUAGAUUUUGGGUCGCUUAUGGUCUUCUCUUCGCCCUCUGUGCUCAGUCCUCUUGUCAUAAGCAGCACACUUUAGACCGCUUCCAACUUUGAAAAUGAAACGCCUUCAUGGAGCUUUAAACACAUGAGGGUACCUGCUGUGGGGCCUUCUGCUGGUUUUAACAGCCAUCCCCUCUGUUUAGGGAACCCCGGGAUCCGAGAGGGGCCUUGGGAUCUCUAGCAGACGCUUUCCCCAUGCACCCUCAUCAAAUGACAACUCCCAGAAUUCUUUGGAGAGCAGGAAACCAGGAUGGCUGAAACAGGAUAUCAGCCACAUUCAGCUUGUACUUGUCAAUAUGCUUCCACUUGCAUCCAUACAUAUAUGUGUGGCAGCUUUUCGUUAUGUCAGAUUGCAAGUUAUUCGGGGUACCAGUGACAUUACCUUUCUUUCCUUUUUUUCUCUCUCUCUCUGCUCACCCACCUCCUUUCCAGUAUUGCCAUGGCAACGAAAGAAAACAUGACCUCUCAACGAGGGAUGAUGAAGUCCAUACAGAGCAAGAUGAACACUUUGGCCAGUAUCCUUUCAAAGAAAGCCGGUUCUGCUUUCAAAUCCCCACUGAAAUCUGCACGUUGCAAUUCACUGCCGCUGGGCAGGGUGGGUACGAUUUUCCUCUAGCUAAACUUCGCCUUGGACCUGCUCCGGAGUGCAAAUCUUACUUGCACGUAGAAAAACUAUUGAAAUAACUCAGACUUGGGUUUCUGUUCCUGCCAGAUUAUUUAACGCAUGAAUCUGAGCAGGGCCCCAGGCAAGGGUUAAAGGCACAGAAGGGGAACUGGGUGACAAAAUGUGAGUCAAGACAUUGAUCCAACAAGCUACACGCCACCCCUGCAGGGCAGGCAUCAGCCUAAGCAUGGCAUAAAACAGGCACCUUUGCUCUGGGCAAGCAAAUGGUGACUCCUGGGCUGGGCAUGUGAGGUUCGUUCAUCAUGGCUUUGGCAUCCCCAUGUCCUUGAGAUGGAGGCGCCACCUCAGUAUCCAACUUGCUCUCAAGGAGGCUGUUUACUUGCAGAAGGGGCUGACAGCAACAGGGUGGGAGGGCCUUUGGGAUGGCCAGGCUAGAGGUGUCCAAUAUCGCAGGGUGUGUGAGACACCUCUCUGACCCCCCCUGCUUGAACCUUCCCCAGGGUUGAGCUCCUCUUGAUGACUGGCACUGCCCCGAUUUCGCCCCUCUCUCAUCCCGCUCAGACUCCGCCUACCCCUCUGCCAAUUCGUCUAGCUCCAGAUCCCCACUCUCUCCAACCCAUCUCCACGGGGGUCGUGAGAAUUCUCCUUUGACACCCCCCCCCCUUUGGAGGAAGCCUUCUAAAGGACAAGCAAACUUUUCCAACAAACACCAAAGGAAAUCACUUAGGUCAGCCAUUGCAAGCUCCCAUGGUAGAUCACGAAACUAUUAAUCUCAGGGUCAUGGGUUCGAGUCCUGCGUUGGGCAAAAGAUUCCUGCAUUGCAGGAGGUUGGGCUGGAUGAGCCUUGUGGUCCCUCCCAACUCUGAUUCUACGAUCAGCCUCUGUCAACACAACAGUGUUUUAGACUACAACCCCUAUCAGCCCUAGCUGGAACAGCCGUAUUGCGGACUCCAGUCCCCAUCAUCCCCUGAUGAAGCGACCAUGUUUGGGACCCCAUCAGCCCCAGCUGGCCCUUCCAGGCUAAUGGGAGUUAUAGGCCAAGUCCUUGGGGGGGGGGGGGAAGGUUGGCAGAGUCUUCUUCAGGGGUUUCUUCCAUCUGCCUCUCCCUCCCUUUCCUGCAGCCAACCGGAAGAUUGCUGCAACUUCAGUGCAUCCCCCAGGCUGCUCUCGUUCCUGUCCUGGUCUGUGUGUCUCCCCACCCACCCCGACUCGUUCUCCUCGUUCCUCUUCGCUCCCCAAGCCUAAGAACAAAGCUUUUGCUGGGGCGCCUUCAGUGCCUCCCUUGCAUGAGCCCAGAGAAAAGGCAUUAAGCCUCAUUUGAUUAGACAGAUCACAUUCCCAAAGAUGCGCAGCUUGAUGAACCAUAAAUUUCAUUCAGGCUUCUCUUUUUCUUUCCCCCGUUCCUUCGUUCCCCCCUCCCUCCCCUCCAGCAUCGGGUGCAAACAAAGCGACGUUGGCUAUUAGCAUCGCCCUUAAAAGAUUAUUGGGGAAGGAGGUAUAAGACCUCCAGAAGGUGCAGCCUUUUUCAGUGCUGCUGAUUAGCAGGGAAAGCUUUUUAUUUGCUCCUGCGAAGCCAUCGCUGUCGACUCCAAGGGACCCCCUCAUAGGCGAGGCCCAGAGCAAAGGAGAUUCCCCAAGCCCUGCUUCCUUGCUGCGUGACAUGCAAGGGAAUCUUGGAAGGCAGGGAUGGAGAGAGACAGGUGGCCCUCUGGAUAUCAUUGGCCUCCAGCUCCCAGCAGCCCCAUUGUGGCAGGUGGCAGGGCAUGAUGGGAGUUGUAGUACCGCAAUAUCCGGAAGGCCAUAGCCGCUCCCCGUCUUCCUUUAAGGAGGAGGAGUUGGAAGAAUCCUUCUUUGUGCAUCAAGCACAGGGACACCUGUGGUCCCACAGAUGUUUGACUCCCAACUCCCCGUAGCCCCUGCAUGGCUGGUGGCAGAGCAUGAUGGGUGUUGUAGUCUAAUGGCAUCUUUCCUGACCCCUUCAUAAGGGCACUGUUUCUCUUCCCUCUGGGGGGAAGCCAUGUCUAUUAGGGGUGUUUAUAAUGCUUUUCCCUUGCACUGGAAGUAAACCACUGGGGCACAUUUUCUUUUUUUUUCUUUUUUGCACCCUGAUUCCCUGGCCUGCGUAUGUUCAGUAUAUGCUAUGUUACUUUCUCUCCCUCCCUCCUUCUCCCCCCGCCCCCCCCUCGGUUAGUUGUUAUGGUCUCUAAACAAUUAUCUAAAGCAGCUAAGCUCCCUCUGUAUCACAAACUAAGCCAGUCAUUUAGGAAGAUUAAAUACUAGGAUUCUGCAUAAUUGUGAGCAUUAAGCUUCCUCACCCCCCCUUCUCAUUAUUGCCCCCCCUUUUCUUUUAUUCUGACGACAAAAAGACAAUUGCAGUCCCACUAAUAAGCUGUUAAGCGGUUAAAGCCACAUGUCUCUCCUUAAUCUCAGCAGUUGGGGACUUUUCCUUCCCUUCUUUGAUGACUAAUGAUCUUGGGGACAGGGUUCUGACAUGUUCCUUUCCCCUUCUCUCCCGCCCCCAAAUGCUCUGCUCGUAUUAAAAUUUCAAAUUUUCAUGGAUUGGGUUGGGGAACCUCAGACCCUUGGGGGCUGAAUGCGGCCCCCUCCAAGCUCUCUGCCGGCCCCCCACGAUUCUCCCCAAGCCAUGCCAUUCACCAGCCCUGCUUUACACUCUCUUUGAGGUGAAGGAAGAAAGGGUGGGAGAUGCUGGCCACCCCAUUGAUCUGCCCCUCCCCACCCCAUGUAUCUAGUUCCUCAAAAAGGGCCCUUCUGUGAUUGAGUAUCUGCACCGGUUGGAUUUCUGCUCAUCGUAGAGCUUUUGAAAGCAUGGCUGCCUGUCCAGGGGAGGGGAGGAAGUGGGUAGCUUCAGGGCAAGAUGGGGAACCUCUGGCCUUCAGACCUCUCAUCCCUUCCCUUGCCACACCUCCUCUCCUCAGGCCACACCCCUCUCUGGCCCUCCUUCACGCCCUCCCUUCAGAGUUUCUGCCUGGCUGGAAACGUGUCCCUGAACUGGCCAUGCCUCUUUGCUUGCCUGCAUGGAGGACGGAGAGAGGGGUGGAUGCGCCUGAAUAUCAAAGCCAUGAAUGUUUAUGCGGCUGGAGGUUUUUAAGCGGAGGUCGGGUCGCCAUCUAGCAGGGCAUCUUCAGCUGCAACUCCCGCAUUGCAGGGGGUUGGUCUAGAUGGCCUUUGGGGGGUCCCUUCCAAUUCUAUGUUUCCCCCAGGAAGGAAAGCCCAGUAGCCUUGCAAGGGGCCACGGGGAGGGAGUGGGAAGGACCACUCAGGGCACGCUCCCUGGACAAAAUGCAUUCCUUGGCACAAUGAUCACCUUAACUCUGCUCCCCCCAAAAAAAGACCGGUUUCCAGCUGUCAACAGCCUGAUCCAGCGGAUCAACUUCCGCAAGCGGCGGGACUCCCUCAUCCUGGGCGGCGUAAUCGGGAUCUGCACCAUCCUCUUGUUACUCUACGCUUUCCAUUGACGGGACGCUUUGCACAGAGACUUCUGAGCUUGGAGGGGGGUGUCCAUUGCCUAGUCUGGGAGGGACAGGCAGGCAAAGACUGUUGGAGUGCCCCCCCUUCUGGUGAAAUCGAAGCCGAGGGUCACGCAGAGAGGAGGGCGGCAUGGGGGGGUCACGCUCCCUCUCUCUGAGGCCGGCCAUAACCCCCAGAGGUGUCUCCCCCUUCAUCUCUUUUCAGUUACGGUUGUACUCAAAACAUGUGCAUUAACGCUUCGCUUCUUUUGAAAAACACACACAUAUGCAUAGGCUCAAGGUGAGUAAACCUGCGUGACAACGCUGCCACCUUUAGUGUCAGCUAGGACCAUUUUUUGGGUGGGGCUAGGACCCAAAAAAGAUCCAUCCCCAAUUUUCUCAAACCCACCUGCCCCUAAAAUGUCGAGUCAAGCCUUUCUCAAAUGUUUUAAGAUCUUGAGGUGGCUUCAAGCCAGCAUGUGCUGGUUUUAUUAUGAAUACAGCUUGAAGACAUUUGGUUUCUUUUAAAAAAUAUAUAUAUAAUAAUUCUAGCCUGGUCCAGCCGUUCGAUUGUUCCUGCGUUACUUUGAGCCGCCGCCUGCCUCUUGGAGAUCCCUGUGAGAGAUCCAGUUGCUUGGCUCCCUUUUCACAGCACACCAAUCUGUGCAUGUUCAGGAGGGAUUCUUGGUGGAUUUAAGGAAGAGGGGAGAUCCUCUGGGGGUGGGGCGAGGGAUAUAAAAUCCCCAUUUUGGAGAAAGGGACUUUUUUGAGAGUGACCAAAGCCUAUCAUCUUGACUCAUAUCUCUGGCCAGGGCUUCACAUAGGACCCGUUUUUUAAAAAAAUAAUCUAUUUUAAUUUAGAUGGAAAGCUAUUCUAAACAUUGUUUUCUACUGUAAUGUAUGUGGCGUUUUUUGGGGGGGCGGGGAGAAGGCGCAGUCAGAGCAUGAGGGGAACACAUAAGGGCCAUCAUGUUUGACGUGGAGAAGGGCUUGUGUGUUGUUGGAAUCUCUCUUCGUAAAACUGUUGAGAUAUAGAUGGCCAUGCUCGUUUUUAAAGGACUUCUCUUAAGAAAGAGAGAGACACACGUCCUUUCAGAUCUUGCAACGUUGUGGGGAGGGUGGGAUGGCUGCAGAUGCAUUUAUUUUUAUGUCUUUUCUGUCCUCACCGGCAUGAAUCAGUCUUCUCUUCAGAUGUCACCUUCGCACACCAGAAAAGAAAUCAAAUUGUGAGCUCUCUUCUCCCGGGCUUCCUAACCUGUCCUAAAGCAGCCUGCUCCUGUUCUAACAACAGACACUGGAUUUCCAGGGGUUUUUAAAAAAAGAAAAAUAGGUUAAAAAAAUUACCAAAUUGUUGUGGCAGCCUCUCCAGACUCAGACAAGAGAUUGCCGUUUUCCAUAGAAGCAAAUGCGGAUUCCGUGUUCCGCCCAUUCUUUUAGCGAAAGUGGGAAGUCGGACUAGAGCAGCCUGUGACAGCCUGGUGCCCUUCCUUCCAGGUGUUCUGGACUAUGACACGCCAUCGAAACAUCUGGAGGCACCAGGUUGGCAAAGGCUGAUCAAGAGACUUUGCAUCAGUCACUGCUUUAACUUAGAGGCUUCCAAGUAACCCAGCAAAGACCAUAUCCCGUGCACCUUGUGCAAAGAGCAACAACAUCCAAACCUGAACCAUUGGAAUUAAUACAUGAUCUGUUCAGAUAGACUCAGAAAAUUGCCGUUUUACAGAUGCUCCAAAUUCCUUGAGCUGAUUUAACUGUUGAUCCUGUUUGGGUUUUGAAGGCGUUUUACCGUUAGUGCUGAUUUUCUUAAACAAAAAAAUUACAGGGUUUAUAUCCUUUGCUUACAAGGAAUGGACAGAUGGCUGAUAGUAGGGGAAUAUCUUUGGUUCCAUACAAACUGUUGACUUGGAAAAUGGUGACGGGGAAGAUUAAAGGGCAAUUAAGUGGAUUUGCUAUCAAAUUUCUGCAACCAGAGUUGGAAAGGAUGACCCCUGGAUUCUCUUUUAUUUUCUUCUGUACGUCUUGGCCACAUGUCGACGGUGGUUGUACUCUGCUGAGAUGGGAAGGACUGGGUUGCUUUCUGUAGCUGGCAAAGUAAUAAGUUAAGCACUAUCCUAAAUAAAAUCCAUUUAUUUAAUCUUAGAA